GCUUUGUCCUUCCCUUACCCUCCCUCUCGCUUUCUCUAUCUCGGCCUGUCUAUCGCUUGAAGAUCUCUCACAAGUAAUCUGUUUUCCCUCCAGCCCAUGCCCUCGUGUCCUCUUUCAAUAUAACAUGCUUAUUUUGGUAUGUUGCAUCUAAUAUCCGUAUCUAACCAUCUUCUCACACCUCUUUUAUGUGUAGUGUGCAGUGAAUGUAUCUUUCUGUUCGUUCCCCACCCAUGUUCUCAUGUUUUUAUGCCGUCUCUCUUUUUUUUCUUUUUGCAUAUUCUUGUUAUCUUGAUGACAACAGAACAGCCAGCAUCCCUGCCUCUCACCUGGAAGAAUUUCAGUGAUUCAGUCCUUUACAGAACGGCGGAUAUUUCACCCAAAUGGGAAAAAAAUGGACGGAUCUCAUUUAGUUAAAAUUAAUCUCCACGGUCCACCGGUUCUCUACAGAUAAAUAAACAAAUGCAAAUUUUAAUCUACACGAGCAUAUUGUUGGAAUAAAUAUAUGUAGGCCAGAAUGGUGGCACCAGUCAAGGCUUUGUGUGUGUGUGUGUAUGUGUGCGUGCACUUUGUUGCAGAUUAGGAGGUGCGAGACAGCAGAUGGGUUUGUCUAAAAAAGCCUCAAGCUCCAACCACCAAUCAACGACAGGAUUGAUGUUUAGGUGACAAAUUAUUUCAUUGGUGCUCAUGAAGCUGAUUAUAAGUUAUCAGGAUCAUGCCGCAGCAGUGCUGGAUGCUGACAAGUGAAAAAAAAUAAUAAACAAAACCAACUCAUUCAACCUCUCAAGAAAAUUUGGAGGGAUUACAGCAACCCUACAAAAGCAAAUUGGCUCAUAAAGAUGCAAAGAUAUAAGUCGAGUGAUAAAGUGUUUGAGGAUAUGUUUUUUGUACGCCUCAAUGAGACAGCUGCUCGUCCAACCUCAGCUUCCCCUCAUACAUAAGUAUAUGACCAUAUCUUGCUGUGUCAGUUCUAUGUCUGUGAGCGUGUGUGUGUGUGUGUGUGUGUGUGUGUGUGCAUGUGUGACAGAUGAACACAGACUAGUGUAUGAGCAGAGAGGCUGAUGACAAUGACAGGACUUGAUGAGCAGAUAUAGCUCGCUGCUGAUGCCCUGGCCAUAUGGCCGGGUAUUGUUGUGCCUCCCCCUCACCACCACAGAUGGUGCCCGCAGCAACACAACACAACAAAAAAAACUAAGCCAUUGUCUUACCAGUAGCAAUCAUAAUAAGGGGAAGGAGGCAGACUGGCAGGAAAAAAAAUAAUUACUUCUGCAGUCAGGAAAAAAUCUGUUCUUCUUCGGCACUGGUGUCCAGAAGGGCAGAUUCCUGAGAGAAAGCACCCAGAGUGGUUGUUGGUAAUUGACUGAUAUGGAAAUGAUUGCCUAAUUAUACCCAGCACACAGGAGUGGAGGGCCGCCUACACAGUCACUGCCCCAUGACCCGCUUUCUGACAAACUGUCACUUCAUCUCGCCACAUCACUCAGGGGCUUAUCAAAUAUGACCCCAAAAUAGACAAGCGAUAAUAUACACACAGGCAGGGCUGAGUAUAUGCACACACACACGCAUACACACACUUGAACACUUGCAAGCCUGAUACACACAUAGACAUAUGCUUUUACACUCACACUUUAGUGUAAGUGUGUGAAUAUUAUGACACAUAUGUGUCUUCAUAAAUAACCAGUGAGUACAGUAAUAAGCCUUGGAGUCAUGUCAAAACUCAGAAUCACUGUAACAGAAACCUUUACCAUCAAGAAGAGAGAUCUAAUGACUCUUUAAGCAAGAUACAACUCAUUAGCUAUGCGCAUACUUCUCUCUUCACUUUGAAACAUUAUGAUCAUACUAUUGUGCACACAUGAUGGGUGUAUGACUCACUGUGUGCACUGUGGAGCAGACUCUCCCUGCAGUUUAAAUACUAUGUAUGCCAUGUUGCAGUGAGUCCACUAAUUUCAUUCAUUCACCAUUUUAUCAAAAUAGAGCCAUGGGUAUUCUUUGCCUAGUUCAUUCAAACUGCUUCCCAUUGUUCACAAGUUAUUCAUGUAGCCUUAAAUCUACUUUUAAUUUUGACAGCUAUGUGAAUGGUAUUCAAACUUACCCGGCAGGGAUGCCAAAUUGAAGCUCUUUUGACCAAAAGGAAUUUUACUCAGUUGAGUCCCCAACAGUCUGGCUAUAUUAAAGUAGUGAACUGCAUGUGUUAAAAAAAUUCAGUGGAAAUUUGAGGAUAGAACAGAAGAAAUGCUGUUGAUUUCAGCACUACAUGGGUGUGAGCCAUCUCAGCAGAGAGGGGUAACUGCUACUCACAGGUUAGGGCAGACAGUGUGACCCUGGGGUAUGCAUAGACAUUGUUUAUGAAAUUAUUCCUGCUGCUAAAGAGGAGAGACAAAAGUUCCACAUUACUGGUUUAUGAAGAAAUAACCCAUACUGCUCUGUUGGUUCAAACUUCUUGCCUGUUGUGGGGUUUCUCUUUACUGCGAGCUUGUGACGUCUAAGUCUGUGGUUUGAAGUCUAAGACAAAGACUGAUAUGAACAAAGCAACCUUUAAAGAAAAACCAGCAGACAAAAGCUAAUGAGCUAUUUUGAAGUCAAAGAAAAACCAUCUCCAGACAGUUGCUCACUAUUAAAGAGUCCAUAAAAAGACUCAGUGACAUUAUUCAGCAAUGUCACUGCAUAAAUCGAGUGUUUUUAACAGUGAUUUUCACAGCCCUAGCAAAAGCAUCCCAACACUGAAGUUUGAUGUUAGAGGAUGGGGUUUCCUCCUGAGCACAGCUGUUAUAUUACCGGCACAGUUGUUUGGAAUAUGCACCCUUUUUAACACUUCUCUUUCACCCAGAGUCACAGCAGAUCCUUCUGUCAGUGGAAUAUUUCUGUAAUUCCCACAACCUGUCAAUAUAUCUCCCCUCUAAUUCGGGGUUUGAAGGUUUAGAAAGCCACUCUAAAAGAGUCAAUGAAAAAUCCAGAUAUGAAGAAUUUCUGCAUCCUCUCAAUCAGCUGACACUUUAAAGACAGAGCAGACAAUGUGAGUACAAAAGGGGGUAUGGGCAAUAACUGAAAUCAAAAGAGGUUGUCGGCUGUAACUAACUUGCCAAACUGCUUUUGUUUAUGUUAACGCCUAGUCAAAUAAAAUCCAGCUUGAUAAAAUCUUAAUAAAAAGAAAAAUGAAUUAACAUUUUAGAUAUAAAACAAGCAAUGUCACUGUAUCUCAUAAUAGAAAAUACAACAAUCCAUAAAUUUACUUGCUACCAUAUUGGAACUUGUCCCGAAGCGUAAAGAUAAAAUUCGUAUAGAACAACAAUAAUCUAAAGUAUAUCAAAACUACAUUAAAGGGGUCGACAAAGACCUUUCUACAUCACUUGUUUCCCUUUUUUUCACCUCAGGCUGUUGACACCCCACAAACGAGCCCUUAUGAAUCCCAGAAGACCUAAAAAGUCCAGAGAAAAAAGAAAAGAAAAUGAUCCUACCUCACUUUUAUUGGGAAUCUUGAACCUGGUGGACCAAGCUGGUUGCUCUGACGUUGUUUUAAAUGCCAAUAUUUGUUCGAUCAAGAUGAAAUGGCACCUUGAAUGGAGAUUUGGAUGAAUGACAGCAGAUGAGAAGAAUGGGAACAUGGAUAACAGUCAGUCAAGGUCCACUUUAAAAAGCUGUACGGAAACACAAAAAAGGAAAAACAGACGUCAUUUACAGAGGUUGUAAAAACAGUUCCAUAUGAUAAGUGAAAAUAUCCACUGAGAUCAUCAUCAAAAAAGUUCCUGCUUUACAGUUAGGGUACUCUUAUUCUUAAUUAAUAAAAUAAAAGUCCCAUCAACUGUGGGCUACACACAACGCUGCAAUUUACAAUACCAAUCAAAAUUGGACAAACUGAAUUAAAACAUCUCCAAAUUCCUGAGUUUUGUCUUAAGCACACCACUGGACUAGUUUAUUUUACAGCUCAAAAUCAUAGUCGUAUGUAGGGCUUACUCAGAGCAUACAUUAAGAUUAGCAAUGUAAACUUUUAUUCAACCCUUCUCACAAAGUAUAGCACCUAACUAGCUUACACUCACAACUCUGGACUAACUGCAGUGGUUCUCUUAAAAGGGACCCAAACACAAUUAGCAUUUGUUUAUCAAAUUAUUCUUAAACUCAUCAAAUUGAUUGUGACUGUUUCAGACAUCUCAGCCUAUUUAAUUUUUCCUCUUGUAAGUGCUUUGAUAUGGUUGCUGAAUUUUUGUAAAACAAAACACGAGCCGGGAUCAUCAACUCACCAAGACACCAACUGAGACAACCUUUACUCAAAGCAGCAGCACCUUGGCUGACAUGUUCAGAAAAACUUGUUAACUUUGUUUGAAUAAAGUUACCAUAAUUUCAGUUUCACUUGAACUGACAUGCUACGGCGAAAAAAUAAAAAAAAGGCUUUCAAGGAUCCUUGCAGAGUGGUGGUUUCUGAACACUGUACAGGAAAAGAUCUUUUAUAAAAACAGAAGUUUCACUCCUUGUGAUUUUUGGGCGCUUGAGCAGAACUACCAUAUACAUUAUUAUCAGUUAAAAAAUGCAGCAACUGACACAUUUUAUAAUCAAAUCCCACGUGGAGUUUCCGCAGUCUGUGAUGAUUUGGGGUUUCAUAUCAUCUACUGAUGAUACUCCAUGCAUUUAUCUGCUGUACAGCCUUUUCUUUGCACCUGCCCACAACACCAAAACCACCACCAAAUGGUUCGCUGACCAUAGUAUCCCUGGCCUGACUUAAAGUGGAUCCUAUCAAGCUUAAAGACUCUAUCAGGGCAGUCUUAGCAUGGUACGCAACUCAUGAUAAAGGUGUCCUAACCAUAGACUGUAUAAACUACGGACAACUUGGUUCCGCCUACCGCCUGUAUACAAAUUUGAAGCCAAAAAGCUCUCAGUAUUUCCGGGAUUUUUCUUCAUUUCCUGAAACCAGCGCUGCGCAGUAGCAAUGCGCGCAUUCGGCCGCGCAGUCGCCAAGAGUCACUGUGAUGACGCUCAGCUCAAUCAGUGUAUCCUCCCAGGUGAGCUAUGCAAUCCCUGAACGCCCAUAGACUAUAUCAGGUAUUAAUCAUUGAAAACAUGAACCCCAUAAUAACUUUUAAAAACAGAGCUUUACAGAAAAAAAAGAGGACUUGAGCACAAACCAGACUUACAAUAAUUACAUGUCAACAUCACAAGCAGGGGGGAAAAUAUUAUGUUCUGUGUAAUAACUUUCUAAAGUUUGUCCAGAGUCCCAUAAGCUUUGCUGGCAGAGGCGGGAUUUAUGACCUAUACUGCAGCCCAUCAACAGAGGGUGCUGUUCUCGGAGUGGCUUCACCCAGCGAGGAGGCCGACUCUGUCCAUUCUAUAUACAGUCUAUGGUCUUCACUAAGUAGUAAGAGUAUAAAUGAGCACACUUUAGAGAAGUUGGAUAUUCCUGUUCUUAAGAUUCCUUUUUGAUCCAUCUAAGUAAACUUUCUUUUUUCAUAUACUGAUUUUAUGAUCUGCAUGACAAAAUUUGCACAAAAAAGGUUGGAGUAUUUCACUUUACAUGCAAUAAAUAUAGAAUACAUAAAAGUUGACCUUUUUGAAUUAAGUUACAUGAUCUUUUUCUUUCUUUUCUUAUGGCAUUCUUAUUUGCUGACUUGUAAGUUCUGCAUCGAUGGUAGUUGUCCCUCUUUAAAGCUUGACUCACAUUCAGCAGACCAAAAAGGUCAGAGGAAGAGGGACUGCACAAGAGACAUGGAAAUACAUAGAUAGGGAUGACACAACAAACAGACAGAAGGACGGGCACAAGACAAGAAGGACGGUUCCUGUCAUGUGGUGUGAUCAUGUAUCAGUGGUCAGCAUGCUGGGUCAGACCCUCGCAGUAUCAGUCCAGAGACAUCGCCACCCUCCAGAUGGUAUUAGUCCAACAGGUGGUCCCAUAGUGGGUGGGGGGCUGAGAGGUCUGACAUCUGCCACCCAUAGCUAACCCCACGCGCGCACACACAGUAGCACAGCAGAGUUUGCAGCAACACCUUUUCUACCCCCUGUUUUACAUUUCUGCUGCAGUGUGAUCUUUUCACCUAGGGCUCAGUCUCCAACUGUAUGUCUGUUUCCUCGAUCUGAUUUCACACUCAUCUCACACAUCGCAGCUCAGUGUGUUCUCAUUUCCAUGGCUCGGGCUUCUAACAAUGACAACUCAUUAGCAUGUAUUGUAUGGCCUUGAUUUGUCGCAAACUAGCAAAGACUGAGUACGGAUUCGCUGCGCAGACCUUUUGUUUUAUUCUGUUUUCAUUUACAUACAAUCCUGAGUAUGUUGUGGCUGUUUGUGAUUUACCACAGUGCAAGAUCGUGUACAGCCUUACACUCGUCACUUUAUUUAAUUAUGUAAAUAACAGUGAGGAUCAUAGGAGAGAUAAAUGCCUGGAAAAAUUACUUAUCACUAAUAGAAACGGAGGGUUCAACAAGGCCAGCAGACGAUUCCGCUGCCAGUUUCUUGAUUUUUUUUGCUUACAUUAGAUCCACAUUUAAGCACUUGAAUAAAAACACUUACUGUGAGGAAGUCAGUUGCCAUAUUACCCAUCAUAUGUUGCCCUAUGUGUUAAAUUUUUUCAGUAUACAGUAUACAUCAUUAUUAGCCAAACUGAAAUUUAAAACAUGAAUAAGAUCAAGUCAAAAUCAAAUCAGAUUUUAUUUAUAUAGCGCCAAUUGACAACAGUCGUCAUCCCAAGUGUCAAAAGGUGGUAUCCAGGAUACAUGAAAAGAGAGGAAGGUUUUCACAAACUUAUUGAGCUAAAAUAUUAUUUUUUUAAGACAAAUAGUUUAGAUUCAUCUUUGGGCGAGAUUUCCUCUCAAACAUCUCUUUUAAUUUGACAAACAUAUUAUAAUCAUUGGUGAAUAUGAUUAUCAAAACUCAACCUUGAAACACUCCUCUUUGAAAAUUUCAACAUAAUUAAGGGAAUUGAAAACUUAGUAGCCAGCGAGACUGUUUGAGUAAUCACUGAUCAAAAAUCAUGUGAGGAUAAAUCGUUACUCAAAUAAACAUUUCAAUGUUAUUUCACUGUAAUUAAAGUUGAUUCUAUUCACUGAACACUUAUUUGUUCUCAUUGACUUCCUUCGGGAUGGGCACAUAAUAUUUUUGAUUAUAAUUUUGGUGGCUGUCAAAUGCAUUUAAGGGUUUUUAUUCACUUUGUCGAAUUGAGCAAAAAGAACCAGUUAAACUUCGCCCUAAAAACACAAGGAUGUAGUUGUAUGUAGCAGGAAAAAAUUCUGCUGUCCAGGAGCAAAAAAAAAAAGGAAGGUGCAGUGACCUCACUGUGAAGGUUCAGAGGAACUUGCUGCUGAAGUUGAAUUAUUCAUCAGACAUCAUCGCCAUUCUUCUCUACCUACAACUGACAGGUGUCUAGGUAAGUCCAUAUGGCUUUUGCACCUCAAUACACAAACACACACACACACACGUUCACAAGCACACAUACACACACACACACACACUCUUGACAUAGUACCAAUCAUCUGUUCACAACCCUUAACACCCCCACCUUCCUGUCCCUGCUUGUGUGUGUGUGUGUGUGUGUGAGGGAGUGUGAGCACAUGAUAGAGGUCUCAUUAGCACCACAAGUGUAUGGCUAAAUUAGUCUCCUCGAUCCCUCCGUCACACCUGCUCUCAGACCCUGCAGCUGUCACUGAGCACAUGUCUGUAUAUCUAUCUGUCUAUUUAUAAGUGGCUUAAUGUUCAUUCCUUACAUGAUGCAUCAGUUCUGCAUUUAUGCCUCUAUAGUGCAUCCCUCUGCUUAUAGAAGAGCACAGUCAUCGGCAUGAAAAACCUUGAGCUUAAUUAUUAAAAUGAAUGAAAAUCUACACACUGCUGCACUGAAAAACAAGAGCUGCAAAUACAAAUAGCUACAACUGCUGCUGAUAAACCUUAUAAAGUAGUACUAAAGUAAUUCAGCUCAUAUACUUCAGUUCAGAACGUGUGAGAAGAUUUAAGCACCAAACUCUGGAAUUUCUUUUUGCUACUUCAUGUCAUGUAUUUCUGACUCACAUUUGUACACUUCACACAACAUUUAACCUCGUACAUUAUGGUUAGUUAUCUUUCAAUUCAGCGAUUUUGAAUUCAGGUUAUCAAGUAUUUUCAUAGUGCGACAACCUUCCUGGUAGUCAGAUCUAAAACCUUGCUGCCUCGGUAAAAGUAGCUGCUCCUGUGAGCUCUGCUGACAACUGUUGUUGAGACUAGGAGGGAAACUUUUAAGAAAUUCAGUGACACUUUAUUUGACAGCUAGCUCUAUAACGCAUUAUAAAUAUAUGUAUAAUGGGUUAUAAUCAUGUUAUAGCACUGUAUAACUAUAGUUAUAAACACUGAUAAAUGAUCAUAAUGCUUUAUAGCAAUAAUCACAACACAUUAUAAAGCAUUUUAUCAUGACUUACAAGGUCAGGUUUUAUAAUGUGUUAUGCUUAUUGUUAUAAAGCCUUAUGAUAAUUAAUGAGUGUUUAUAAUGAUAGUUAUACAAGUUUAUAAGCAAAUCAUAACUCAUCAUAAAUAUAAGUAUUAUGCAUUAUCUAUGUGGGUAUUGUCAGUAAGUUGUUAUAACACGUUAUAAAACGUAACCUUGUAAGUCAUGAUAAAAUGCUUUUUAAUGUGUCAUGAUUAUUGCUAUAAAGCAUUAUGAUCAUUUAUGAGUGUUUAUAACUAUAGUUAUACAGUGCUAUAAUGUGAUUAUAACACAUUACACAUAUAUUUAGAAUGCAUUAUAGAUAGGCUUCAAGUAAGGUGUUACCUACAUGUUGAGUCAUUAGAGCCUCCAAGAAGAGUUUUUUUAAUGUUUAUGAGACAGUCUGAAUUUCAUAUUGAUGCCUUUUCAUGAAAUCCAAAGGCAACCAAGUCCAUUAGUGAUAAUAUCUAUGAAUUUUUAAUUGUAAUGUUAAGGGCAGAAAACCAGCAUGGGGGUUAGAUGUUAGCAGAGCAGCUUAAAAAACAGCCUUUUUUAAACAUUUCCCCUCAGAAUAUUCAAAAUAAAUGACACAUUUGACCUUCAAAAGUUAACAGGAUGACAUUAAAAUAGUGGCUUUCUAAUCUUGUGUAAUUUUUCAUUUCAUAUCUUGUCAAAAAAAAAAACAAAGACAAAACAUUAUCAGUGUUUCACUAAGAACUAAAGCACUAUCUCUACAGACAAAGUAUUUCAUUUCCUUCCUUAAACCAGUGAGUAUUUUACAUACAUACAUCGUGGUCAGCCUUAAAAAAAUACAGCAUUACACCUUUAUUAAAAACCAAUGUUACAACUUUAAAAAGCUGACCUUUGCCUCACGUUCCUGCUGCCUUUGGCCUUCUCUCCAUUCUUCCUUAAGUCAUUAAAUCACUGUAACUCUUUGCUCGGCUCUUUACUGCGUCUUCUCUCUGCCAUCUCAUUAACUUCAACAUUAUGCUGUGCCAUGUUUUCUCCCAUUCUCGUAUUGUGCAAAACACUGAACAAAGAAAAGCAAAUGGACAAGGAUGAAAGUGGACAAAAGACUGCUGAGUAAAAGGUCAAAGGUCACAUUGGUCAUGACCGCUGGGAUAAGGCAGUGGGAUGUGGUCUAUACUGCCACCAUCUUUGCAGCUUGUAAAUGCUGAUUAGGUAAUAUCAAUCUGGGAGACUAUUUAGUCCAACCUAUUAUCACAGGAUCUUAGUUUUUUUCUUGUUCCUUCUUGACUACAUAACUUUCCUCCUUAAUGUCUUUGCUACCUCUCCACUUAUGCUAACUGACACGCUGUGACCUUCCUCCAGUAUACAAGCCAGCUCCCAGAGCCUGCAGAGACCUUCACAAUAUUGCCUUUGAACAGGGUCCAAUAAACAAACAAUUACAAGGGGGAAGACAUAUCAGGCUGAAUUGCUCCACGAUGGUGAAGCGUUUAAUUUCUGAUUUCACAGUCUUUUGGAGGAGAGGACAGGGGGCCAAGCCAAACAGCAGUCACUUUCCCAGGGACACACACACACACACACUCACACACAAACACACACACAAACACUCUCCUCUCUCCUCUCCCCAGUUUUCACACGCACACGCUCAUACACACUCAGUUAUUUUCAUGCCCUACUGUCUUUGAGCAGCCUGUAAUUUGCCUCCUGGCCUAAUGUCAUGGCUCCCAUUUUCAAUUUAAUGUAUAGUUGUAAUGCAUUGUGGCACGAGAAAAACAUCCAUCUCUAUCUGGCUUUUUACAUGCUGCUCAUAACUGAAUCACAUUUUGAAUAAUUCAAUUUGCAGGCAUAUAUAAUCACUAAAUAUUGUGGAGAGUGACCACAGUUUCAAUGCUCACCUAAUGGAUUGAUUCAGUUAUAACAGUGGGCAGGAGUAAGUAGUUUUCCUACUGGCUUGUCUAACCGCAGUGUAGCCAUAAAGACCAGCAUUAAGCUACACGCAGAUCAAUACACACCACUGAGAAGGGUGGGGGUGCUUGGGUAAGAUCAUGAUGAAGCCUUUUUUCUUGGUGAACGUUAAAUGGUCACUCCCAUGUAAAACAUCCUACACUUCCCUUUCCUCCUCUACUAAACAGCCAAAAUAGAUGUGAAUGGUGAAUGAGUGGUCCUUAGUGGUCUUGGGAUAAUUACAAGAUAAUAAGAGGAAAAAAAGCUAUUUUAAUUUUACUUUUCAAAAGAAGGACAGGUACCAUAAUGUUCGAAAUUGUCCAUUAAAAACUCAUUCAAACUCUGAAGAAGAAAAUGAAGUACUAGCUCUAAAUUUAACCGAUAAUUAAACUCGCUCGUUCACAUCUUAAAUAUUUAUCGCUUAAUUUGUUUGCAAGAUUCGACAGGGUGCAGUAUACUGUAUAUAGAUGUAAUGCUGUAUUUGACUGUGAACAAAGUGAAGCCACUUGAGAAAUACUCAUUUUAAUGCAAACAAUGAUGGUUAGUUCUUUCUUGCUUACUGAUAAGCCCCCCUGCUAAGGUGGGAACAAUACACUGAAGAGUAUUCAGGGUCAGUAACUUAUAGACUCAUAACGCCCCCUGCCAACCUCCCUCUUUCUGUCUUUUUGCCUUGAUCUGCAAACACACACACUCAUACACAAACCAACACAUGUGCUUCCCCACUCCCAUUGUUCCCUUGCUAUUGUUCUCAGUGGAAUUGUGUGUAUCAUUGGCCCCCUGAUACAUCUGCCAGCCUGGAUCUAUUGUCCAGCAGCGCGCCACACAAACAGCCAUCAAUUAGGCAGCCUGCGCCUUUCUGUAGCAACGUGAUUGUUUUGGCCUAGUCUCCAUUGCAGCACCUGUCUUGCACAUGCUGGACUCCUUUGACGGGACGUAACUUAACCCCUGUUCAAAUAACCGAGGGUAAAAAUAGCCCGAUCAUGGUCAGGUCAGCCAAUGAUUAGUCUCUACAAGCUCUACAAAAUAACAAACAAUAUCAGGACCCACAUUUGAAGACAUUUUGUUUUCAUGUGGAUGAAGCACAAUUGAAAGACUUCUUGAGAACUAAUACAUUUGAAAGGCAUGUGAUUAAAAUGCUCAAUAUUUUUUAAUGAUCUAAAAAACAUUUGUCUGAUUACUGUUGUCCUUGAGGGCUUCAGAUCGGUCAUUGCUGAUCUCACUUUAAUUGAGAGUGAAGAGAAAAAUCAAUGACUGAACCAUGAUAGAAGUCACAGUGUCACAAAGCUAACACCACUGCAGAUGGAUCAGCUUCAUCAUGUUGGUCAUGUAGCUUAAAGCUCCUGUGAGAGUGUUUUUUUUUUUCAAUAUUUAUGAAAUUUGAAAGGGUAAGAAAAAACAAACCAUUAUUAAAUAGACUGGGGGGAAAAGACAAUAAAUGUUACAUUUGACUGUCAAAAGUCAGAAGAAGACACUAUCAAGCAUUUAGAGGAGAAGAUAAGCAACUACUUUGUCGACUAAUGGUGCCAAAAUCGAGACAAACUGAAAAUACCUCACAGGAGCUUUAAAUAAAUCAAUCGCCAAGUGGUGAACUUUUAUUCCAUGGUUGGAAUAUUUUAGUCUGCAUAAAAAUGAUCAAAAUGAAAGCACCCCAAAAGCGAAACCAAAACAUCUGUAGCGCCCCCUGAUGAUUGACAGCAGUAUAGGUCAUAAACAGUUUGGACAUGGUCAAACUACAAUGUCAGAGCAGUUUCUGCCAUCACACAGUAGUUACUUAACAUGCUGAUUUAUAUCCAAAUUUUGGUUUCGAUUAGUCUUUAAAUACUACUUGAGUUAAGAAAUGAUGACUGACAGCUCUUUGGACGGAUUGCACCAGAUUGUCAGAGUCCAGGAGUAAUGGCAAGAGGAUAUGUAACUAAAUUCAUCUUUCUACAAUAGUGUCUGCCUCAAUCCACAGACAUCAAAUCUGCAGAGGACUGUUCAAAUACGAGGGAGCGUCGCUGUUUCUCUGGCGCAUUAUUUAAAAAAGAAAAAAAUCACUGCUUUGGAUAGUGAACACAACUGUUUUGAUUGCAAGCUGAUCCCUAAUUGAACCUCUCAUUGUCAUCACCAAAGUAAGACAUCUGCACUACUUGGAGGUUAUUUUGGCUUCACUUUUGUGGUAGGAUGUGGAGAUACAAUGACCAUCUUUACACACAGUCAACAGUACUGACUCCUUAUCUGAGCUGGAACUGUUGUUCUGCAGAUUGUUUUGAUCUAAGUUUGGAGGAUAAAUCCUUUCUGCUCAAACCCUCCAAUAUAAAUAUUCAAAUUAAAGUAACUGCAUCAGGAAUUCUGUCUUACGAAAAUUCUUCAAAAAGUGGAAAACUGUGAUGGAUAAAAGAAACCAGAAAGGAGCACUGCAGUGUUCCCAAACAGGAACCAGACAGCACUCUAAACAUGUGUGCACAGCUCAUUAUGACACAUGAAACAAAUGCAUGAACAACAGCUGACUAAUGCUGGAAUCCAUUUCAGACCUUUAGUGUUACUAUUGAUCCUGCGCUGCUUUUGAUGGUCAGAGUGCUCCUAAUAAAGCUCAAAAACAUCACACCAGGCAGCUACAUAAACUUCAACUGAUUAAAGGUCAGCACUGAACGGAUCAAUAAGAAAAAAAUACAGUUUCAACAAACAUUAAAGCAAAUAUUUUGACAUUACCAGCAUAUUUACAUGUCGCUCAUAAAAAUAAAAAUAAUAAUACAUACCCGAAUCUGGCUGCUUUUUCAGACUUUUAUUCUAACCUUUUAACAAAUUAUUUCCCCAUUUAAUUUCACAGUGAAUCAAUGUGAGUUUCUUGGCGUUUUAUUCAAAUAAUACUGAAUUAUAGAACAUAAAACAUCCAAGAUUAAACAGUGUUAAGAUAUAAAUUUGUAGGCAUGAAACAAAAAUCACAGCAUAUUUUAAUUCCCAUAAUAUUAUUCUGAAAUGCUUUGGUAAAAUAUGAAGGGGCAACAGAAUGUAAUGAAUAACUACAAACAUAUGUCUACUCAAUGAUAUGCAUUGUGUCUUUGUCCUCACAGAGGGAGCAGAAGUAAAUAUUAUCAUGUGUGCGAAAAGAUACUGUUAAUCUGUUCUCAAACUUCAUGGUUUAAAAGAACCGCAGCUAAUUAACCGCACACCAAAACAGGAAUACAUUUUAAUAUUGAUCCCCUUAUGUCCCUGGUGCAUUGUCUUUGUGCAUAAGUGUGUGUAUGUGUGAAAGAGUGCAUGUGUGCAUGUGCAUGUGUGCAGGCAAGAGUAUGAUUAUGAAUAUUUUAAGAGCACAUUUAACAUGGCGAAGCCAGAGCAGGCUCGGUGAGGGAUUUGCGCCUACUCUUCAGCUAAUGACCCCAGGCGCUUCCAGCAAAGCUUCUUCAUAUUUUAAAGAAAGUCGAUAGAGCUGCAGCCCAGUCAGCAGCAUUAAGAUUCAUACAGACGCCACAGGGACCCUGAAAAAAUUAAUAACACGCGUGUCUAACAAUCCUUCCUGCGAUUUAGUGGAGCACCCAAGCUCUCUGCCUGAAAUGCAAAGCAGUAAUGAACACACAGAUAAGAUAAAUUCUGAACACGCAUCCCCUACCCCUCAAGUCAAUGCACAAACACACUUUUACACCCACUCUUUCCUUCAUCCCCUUUUCAACAAACACACCUAUCAGCCUCCUGCACUCCCUGCCAAAGGUAUCCAAACACAUUCUGCACCCUUUAAUUUUUCUGUCUACAUUUUCCCGUCUCUCCUUUCUUGAAAAAUGAGAAAAAGAACAAAUCCAAGGGCUCCGAAAGAUGCAAGAUGCCACAACCCAACAAAAGCUUUUUCUCACUCACUUUGCUUCGCUGUAAUGAAUUUGCAAAUCUGCCGAGGCCUCUCAAUGCAAGGUUAGCCAUUGUCUACAAUCCAUCUCAACAGCUCUUUACUUGUUUACAUUUUGCCAGAAGUGUUCACACUCUUCUGCUUGUUGCACUUCCUGUAAUCUAACGAGGAGGUUGGGAGAUAAGUGUACACAUACCGCGCAUGUCAUACUACCAAGACCACGAAAAUACAAAGGGACUGGAGAGCUAUCGAGAUUAGUUAUCAAGAUAAACAUUCAUUCAACACUUCACUCAAGUAGGCAUUGCGAUGGCAAUUUUAGAUCUUGACUUUGGGCAGGUAGAAAGUUAAUUGCACAAAAUGCAUUAAACAGAGUUUUAGCAGCAAGUAUUAGUAGGUGAGGUGUUUAACUACCAAGAGUUUCCUUUCGAGUCAAGACAACAGUGCAGCAGUAGGCUCUGUCCUCCCUGGAAGGCUAGACAACAUAUGGCACUGUCUCCCACAGAACAACACACCACCCAAGCAGCCUGGCAGCCUUAGAGAGUGUGUAUGUGUUUGUGCCUUUCUAUGUAUGUGUGUGUAAGGGCCAGUGGGGGAGCCUGUAGUAUGUGCAUGUUUGCAGAAGACGGAACAAGAACGACGCCUGCCAAGUUUCUUUGCAUGACAGACGAAAUAAAUUGAGGAUGAAUGGGAACUGUUGGUUUCUUUCUCCCAUAGCCGCAUAAGCUAAACAGAUCUAUUUAUAAUCAAGCACAUUAUUAUGGAAGAUGGAUUAACCAAAUAUUUUCCUUCACAUCUAAUGUAAUAAAGUGCAACCACAUGUAAUUUUCACUUGAUUGAUUGAAUAAGAUAUUAUAACCCUUAGUGAUGCAGGCCGGUCAGAGCCAGUGAGCUGAAGAAGAUGAGAGGGUGAGAGCAUGGCAUAAUAGUUUCCUUUUCAUGUGUGAGAGUUAAAAGGGAAGGAGGAGGAUCAAUAAGGCAUUAGUGAAGAGCCAUCAAAAAAAAUUCCACUGUAUUUUAAAGCUUAUUGCAGCCAGUAGGUCAGGAAGUUUGAUAUCAUUUAUUUAGGAUGAGUUACCUUAAUACUACAGUUAAAUCAACUUUAUUCCGUCCAUUUGACCACGCUGUCUGCCUCAGUUAUUCAGGGAAUGUGUAAGUUACAAAAACAAGUUGCAAGCUUUUUCACCUAGCCGCUGUUGUUGUUAUACAGUGUAUAUCCUCCAUUAAUGUGGAAUAUUUACUGAAAAUCUAAAGGGAGAGCGACUCAGCUUGAAUCUGACGAGAUCCUGUGCCAACCCAAACAAUGCACACCAACAGUAUAUAGCUACUUCAAAUCCUCUGGUGGAGGCGUCUCUCCCUCUCGCUCUCUCUCUCUCUCUCUCCCUCUCUCUAAGGCCAUGAUGAGAGGCUCAUGUAAGCAGCUCAUCAGCAGCCUGUUUGCCCAUAUGUGCCUCACACCCCACGGUCCCCAGUGGGUCCUGGCUCUGUGCAAUGAUACCGUCUCUUCUGCCAACAUGAACCAUUUGGAAAAAAAAAAAAAAGACAAAACCCAAUCCCUCUUCUGUUUAGCCUAUUCUGCCCUCACUGGCUUGUGUCAUGAUCUGCACUGAUAGUGUAGCCAGGCUGUCCUCUAAGUCAAGUGCCCAAUCAAGGGCUGGCUUGUAAAAACAGAGGAAAUAUGGUUAUGACUGAGCAAGAGAGGUUAAGCAAUGAAUGAGAUGCAGAGUCAUGAUGGUGACCAAGACACACACAUCCACACACAGCACUGACAAGAAUAAAUCUUUGAGAAUUCAGUUGGCCAAAGGAUUCAUUUACAACAGAAACAGCACCCAAAAGAUGGAAAAGGCAGUUGCAGUGUUGGUGUUUUGUCAAAUCACCAAGGUGUGAAUCCUUGGGGCCAGUAUUGAUGAUGGCAUAUGCUGUGGGAAGCAGACAGACAAAAAAAUCAGGGUCCAGUGUCAUCUCUGCUGUGUCUUUCUGCAGGUCCCGUGUGGCAACGGUUCGCUUAUCCCCCCGCCACCGCACAUAUGUUUGGGAAACGGAACAGUUGGACGUGGCCGAGGGCUAAAAUGGGUCAGACCGACACAGAUGGAGAAAAAACUCCCACUGGGUCACUGUCAGAUGACUAACACCCACAGAAAAAGUGAGAGAAUAUGUGCAUGUGUUUGCGAAUGUGUGUAAGAAAGAGAUAAAGUCAAAUUUUGACAGAUUUUAACAGCUUGACGCUGACAGCAAAUCCUCUCUUAAAACGUAGAAAGAUAAACCCUAACAAAACAAAUCUUGAAUUUCGAUUAGGUCUUGCUGUGCAAAUGUAGCUGAGAGAAAACCAGGAACUCUUUCGAAGGUUGGUGAGUGCCAAGGAUACCUAAUUUUAAUUUGGCAUUCUGCCUCUUGACGUCUUCUGCUUUUCUAACCCUGAACUCUUCGAAUAACCCCAUCAAUAACUCCGGUCAUCAAGUACCACCGUUGCUGUGAUCCCAAUAAAGCUGUCUUGUUACACAGUGCUGCUUUCAAACUUUAACUUUGACAGAAUAAACUUGGUUAUAUUGAGAUUUUUUGGAAUAUAAAAGCCUCUCCUCUCUGGAGAAAAAUCAACUCAAGGUGCAGAGGAACUUUAAAACAUCACUCGCACUGUGAAGAAGAGCUGACAAUGAAUCCACCUUAUGAAUAAAAUGGACUUAUCCAAGGUAACUGAUGGUUAAUCAAAACAGUAAGAAAAGAAGAUAUACUACAGAAAUAGACAAUGCAACAUCACAAUAUGCUGUCAAUGGUCUUUGACUUUUCAAUAAAAGAUGUAACAAAUGAAAUCUUGAAGUGGGUUACUGCGCGCAUAUCUCACAAAGUUGCCUUUGGAAUGAGCUUUGAAGAAUAGGAGGCGAUCUUUAGACAAAACAGCUUUUCAUUCCUUUGGUAAUCCAUACUGUAGAAGCUCAAAUGUAUUCAAAGCAGUCCUGGCGAAUGUCCUUGGUUGUCAAAACCUCCAUUAGAAAUGGAAUGUGAGGAAAUAAUUAUUGGGUUGAAAGGUCACCCAUCCAUUGGUUCAUCACAAAAAAGGAAGGGAAUUCCUUUUCAGUGUAAUCCUUGGCUGCCUUUUGAUCUUUGAAAAACAUUUCAAAACACAAAGAGCAAAGCUGACACUGCCUGAUGAAGACCACAGAACCCAAACUGAAAUACCUCUCUGAAUAACGGGUUACCACAACUUGUAUUUGUCCUCUGCUCACCAUGAAUUUGUAGCACUGAGGCUUUAGAAAUUGCAAUUGCAAAUCUGUGAAAGCCAAGAAUGUUUAGCUGUUCCAGUGUUCGGUAUAUACAUCACAUAAAGAUUCAUCCUCGAGCAUUCUGGCAUCUUUCACCUCAAAUGAACCAUACCAUCACAUGAGUACACACACAAUUCCCUGUGCACAGAAAACAAGCCAUGUUGUCAACCGUGCAUUAGUAUGUGGGUGGCAUGUGCUGUGUGAGGCAGUCAUAUGUUUACAGUGAAUAUCUUGGAUGAAAUUCAAGUUUGCAGCUGCAGCCUCAGAAUAAUUCAUCGCUCGCCUUUUUACCCAGGAGGAGCCACAGGUAGUUGAUGAAGUGGCAGUGCCAAGACUCCCAACUGGCGAAGACGAAGCGCAGCUGCCAGGAGUCAGCGCGGCCAGAUGCCGCUGCUGAUGUACCAUGUGUUCCAAGCAGGGCAACAGUGUGUUUGUGUGUGAGCUGGGGUGGGAGGGGAGAGAACGAAGAGCUUGCCAAGGCUUUCUCACAUUGAUGCCAACCUGACACAUGCUUGGGUACUCCCCAUGGUUUGUGUUACCAUCUCAGCCUCUCACAGAUCUGUGGGGGGUCCCCUCUUUCCCUCUUUCUCCUUUUCCUUCGAAGAAGUCCUUUGCCAAGAUGGGAGUUGGCGCCGGCUUGCGGCCAUUCUGCCCAUCAGUGAUGAGAUCCUUUCAGGUGGUCUUUGCUGAAUGGUGUGUUGGCAGCAGGCCAUUGCAGCAGAAUGCGAGCUUGUGCUAGAUACUCCAUCUGAUCAUGUUUUAGCCACAGCUAUAACCAGUAAUCCUCACAAUAGCAAAAUCUUUCCUCGAAACCAUGUCAAAAAAGACAAUCGUGAUGUCCUUUGGUCCGCUUUUCAUCAAUUCCUGCUUGGAUCCAAAAGAUGUGAAUGAGUCCCUCAGUAACUCGGAUCCCAGUCCCCACACGCCAAAAAUAUGGCCAACUUCCAGGAAGCAAAUCCAAAAGCAUGGGUUGUCCGUGCUGUAUUUUCAUUUCAUCAUAGUGCGCAUUCGGUUCUUUUUAGGUUAUAUUUGAGGAAAAAGCAGCAGUGGCAUCUACAUAAGAAGACAAAAGACUGAGUAAAUACCCUGCAAAUAAAGGAUACACUGAAAAUAACAUAACUGCUGGAGUAGCAUAGCAUCCCCCCGAAUAGCGUUUUUUCCACGAAAGGGAAUGAGUGGUCUUUGACGAUACUAUUCCUGAGAGUGGAGGGGAGUUCUCUGAAACAAAGGCUUCAAUUUCGAUAGGAACAUGCCAUCCUUGUCUGCAGUGUAGGGGGUUUGGGGAGGGAAGUGAAAACUUUUUGAACGUGUGCCAUGUCUGUACCAUUCUCUUAUCUGAGGCCCGCGACUGCCAGCUGGCGGCUGAAUGUGCCCACUUGCACUGUGAUGAUGAAGCCAGCCAAGCUAGUUGGCACACUGAGCGGUAGGACUGGCAUGGGAUCUAAAGCCAAACACGGCUCUGUGUAGGGUAGCUGCAUGUAUGCUGCACUCUCCCUUCCCCUAUCAACACUUCCCGAGAGCAGCUCAGCUACUUGAUCAUGAGGUCUUCAAAAUAGGGAUGGGUCCUGACAAAGCCAGAGUUAAGAAGCUCUACAUGACAGACAUGUCAUGUAGUGAUUGACAAAAUAAUAAGAACCAUAUGCAGACCUGGCAUUUUAAAAUCACAGCAGGCUAAUUAUAUUUAUAAAGUGAGAAGGAAAGGAAGAAAAUGAAAGAAGGAAAAGUAGAUCUACUGUUAUGAAUUCCUUAAGGGAAAUUUUAACUUUGUCACUACAGAGCUGAACAAGCUCUGCUAAAACACACACACAUGCACAAACAGGGUGGUAUGGUCAUACACAGAUGCAGAGAUUUUAGUGAAGGAGGUCCUGUACCUGUCUCAUGAAGGCUGUCGAGGUGCUUUGAGGUGUCCAGGAGGUGUUUAAGCAAAUUUCCUAUACAGAUAUUUUUAAAAAAUUAUUGAUUAAAUAGUAUAUUUAAAGUAGAGUAAUUUAACAUUUUAGUAAAUAAAACGCUGUACUACUUACCUUAAAACCGGAGCCACCGCACACGAGGUUUGCUGAUUUCAAAAAUGAGACCGGAACCUUUGAAACGGCGCCUGUUUCUUUCAGGAAGAUAAUUUCCGGGGCGCUGUCCUUCACUCCAAGAUGCACCGGGUUUGUUUUAGGGAAGGUGAGUAUGAUAUCAAGGAGGCAGUGUUCAGCAGAGGUCAUGAAUAAAAUUAGAAAUGUAGACGAUGAUGAGCAAUAAAAAGGAUUUUUACUCGUCGUAGUUUGUCGGCGGUUCGCUCAGUAUCGACUUUGUUUGUCUGCUGUGUUUACAGACGGUUUUCUCUCUGUAAUAUCAGUGUUAUGUAAAUAAAAAAGUCAUUUAUUUGUACAUACUCGUGAUAACAGCAAUAAUUUGGAGCAGACGAGACACCAAGUUAGUGGAGAAUGACUCCGCCUCAUUUUUAUUGCUGUAUGCAGUGAUUUGGCGGUAAAACCACAAUAACCUGUGAAUCAAAGUGAAAUAAACUCCUGGGUAUAAACAGUGGAAAUACAACAGAAGAACACCAGAGACAUUUUCUGCAUUAGCACUUUUUUUUCUUUUUGUAUUACUUAUAAUUGCAAAAACAGGACAGGAAAGGCAAUACACCAGGCUGUUUUAAGUGCAUGUGAUCCUGACUCCCUAACCCUCCCACCCCACCAACCUACAGGGGAGUUAGUUAGUUAGUUAGUUAGUUAGUUAUUAGUUAGUUUGUUAGUUAGUUAGUUAGUUUGUUUGCAUUAUUGACUGACUCUUGCUUGAUGACAAUUCAAAGUUAUAUAUGUCCCAAAAGCUCUGUAGUAGGGCUGGGCGAUUUGGGAAAAAGUUUAUCACGAUAUAUUUUUUUCAUAUCAGUCAUUUCGAUAUAUCACAAUAUAAAUAAUAAAAUUUAACAGUGCUUAUUGGUCGCAUGUCUUUUGGAAUACAAUAACCUACUGCAUCUGUGAGGUCUUUGUGUCUCUUUGUCAUUUUGUCGUAAGGUGUUGUGCUAGAGAAAGAGGACUGAAUGAUCGGCUGCUGGGGUUUAGGUUUGCCUGCAUCUGUGACUCGCUUGAAUGAUCAGUCCAAUUUGAGUAUUAGAAAAAAGAUUUAUUGUUCAAAAAAGGGAAAGAAAACACGCUGAUACUUUUGCCUUCAACUGAAAAAGUGAUAUAAUGAAAUUAGGUUAAACAGGAUGAAUGAAUGAAUGAAGCUGUGAAAAACAAUGAGAAAUGGUCAAAACGGUCAACAGAAAAUUAUCAGUGCUUAGCAAACACAGUUUCUGACUACACCUGUGAGUUUAAGUAACCCGCCAAACAUCCCAAAACCACACCCCUCAGUGACAAUCCCGGAAGUGACGUACCUACAGAAAUAAAACUUUCAAUAGAUAUAUUUUGGCUCCUACAGGUGCCAUGGGCUCAUUGCUCUGGAUUGCAUCAUUGCAUCAAGAUUUGAGGUAUUCCUAAACUUUGCGAGAGCAUGUACUCGACAUAAUUUGCAGUGCACAUUACUCUGCUUCAUGUCUGACCUCAAAAAAACAAAAUACCUCCACACCACUGAUGUUUCUGUACUAGUGUUGUUGACGAUGUUGUCAUCUGUUGAGCCUUCAUCUGCAUUUCUGUCGGGGGUAGCACUCAUUUUCUGUUUUUCUCACAGACAGUGCUGUCAGCUUCAUAUGUUAAAGUGCUAUGGUUGCAUGUAGCUGCAGCCUGCUACUACACAGCUGUUUUCUACUUGGUUCUAAUUGAACACAUUAUUGGUUCAGCGCGAAGUGGACCCGGAGAAACUCCGCUUUACAUUGGUUAUUCGUAUAGUCUACCAAAACAUGACAAAAUGCCAACUAUCGAAAAGCAUGUUGCCCAUGUUUUAUACUGAUAUUGAUAUUCUUCCCAAAACACUCAAAACAAUCCCACUUUGUUAAUGAACAAUUCCCCGAGAUAGAAAUGAACACAUUAUGUUUAUCAUAAAGUUGACAUCUUCAUAUGGCCUCAACUGACAGAUGCAAGAUGUAAAAGUUUUUAUCUCUUGAGUGUUUUCUGCUUACUAUGGGCAAAUGAGAACAUAAAGCUACAUUCAGUACGUUUGUGUUAAGAGGGGAAAGUGUACUUCAUUUGUGCAUUUUUUGCACUUAGGGAGAAAGUGUCAAUCAUGUGUUGUGCUGAAAAAAUCAAUGCUAAUAUGCUUUUUUUGUGUGUCUAUCCACAGAUGCUGCUAUGUAUGAACGGACAAAAGAGAUCGAUGAUGGAGCCAUCUAGGGGUUCGAGCUCUUGAGGAUCAAAACAGCUGAGUCUGAAACAUGCUGUUAGGUCCUGCUGCUGUGUGCCACUCUCUGAAGUGGACAUUACCUCACUGUAAAGCCAUUUUGCACAGAACUCUUAGCCGAUUUAAGCUAGAGAAAUGGUAUCUGGCCUGUGCGGUUCAAAGACAGGCUCACAGAUGGACUACAGUACCCUCAUUUAGAGCAAACCAGAAGCCAGUAUUUGCAAGAGCUCCAGUGUUUGGAGACAAGGUUGCUAUCAUAGACAGUAGUGGUAGCUACAGCUAUAAGCAGCUCUACUGCAGCAGUUUAGGUCUUGCAGGUAGAAUUAGCUCUACUCUGAACUCUGAUUUGGGGGGACUGGAAGGACAACGAAUCUCCUUCCUGUGUGCCAAUGAUGCCUCUUAUACAGUUGCACAGUGGGCAGCCUGGAUGAGCGGAGGGACAGCAGUGCCGCUCUACAGAAAACACCCUCAAGCUGAACUGGAGUACAUCAUCUCCGACUCCCAGAGUUCCCUGCUGGUGGCGGGGCAUCCCUUUGCUGAAACCCUGGAGCCACUAGCUCAAAAGAUGGGCCUCCCAUGCCUGACGCUGCCCCCGACCUCUAAUCUGGACACUUUGCAUGAAGGAGAAACCAAGGAGAUGGCGUCCAUUACAGACUGGGCUGAUAGGCCAGCUAUGAUCAUCUACACGAGUGGUACAACUGGGAGACCAAAAGGAGCACUGCAUACACACAGCAGCAUUCAUGCCAUGGUAAAUGAAUAUCUUUUAAACUAUGAUUUUGUCCACUUCUGGUUUGAAGUCUGUAUAUGUGGAUGAGCAGCAGAAAUGGCUGGCCCACAGCUUUGAUAUAGCAGAGAGCGGUGCAGCUGGUGCUAAUGCACUUAAAGCUGGGGCUAAUUAAAAUAAUGAGCAGUGGGGGUUGUUGACAAACCAGCUAUGUAGUAUGCUCUUCGUGUCUCUGAUCAUAAACCCUUAUAUCAGGGCACAUUUACAGCAGUAUGUUUAAAGAUUGAGAGUGAUUUUUGAACAAUUUAUUACAUUCAGAAUAGUAAUGAUGGUUUGUAUACAGCAAAAUACAUUCUUGAUAAAAAAAAAAGCAAAAAUGUAUUCAUAUUUGAGCUCAGAGAUAACUUGUGUAGGCUAAUAUAUAGUGAUAUUAGAUUUUAGCAGAUGAACCACACUGAUUGUCGAUGGAUAAAAAAUUAACUCGCAAAAACAGAAAUGUAGAAAUGUCAAAUGAGCCGUGGAGUAGUAGUGUACAUAAUCAGUUGGGCAUUAAUUUAUGUUUCUGUUGAGGCCAUUAGAAACCAUAUCUCUAUGAGUAUUUGUUUUCUGUCAGAAUUUCUCCUGAAAUUCAGAUUCUCCAGUAAACUGUUUGCCGAAUAAAUGAGAUAGACCGGAUGUAAAGUUUUAAACUUGGGUCUCCUUGUGUUAAGCCUUUCUCCAGGGUUUAGCCUAACCCUUCCCUACAGUUAGACCUUAUCUUUAAGACAUUGAGUUACUUCUUGUAAAAGCACCAGUCAAGGUUACUACACUUCACUUAAAUCUUGCUACAAAGUCGUUCAGUCAUGCAGGCAAAGGUUAUCAAGAGCUCCAUGUGACGAGGAAAUAAAGACACACAUGCAUAUUUCUUUUAAGUAAUGAGCGUUCAGCCGCUCUCGCCCAUAUUUGAGUCCCUGAUUAGCAUCAUUUUUCGUUUGUUCCAGUUGAGCUUUCACAAUAAUCGCUAAUUUAUGCCAUUAAAGAUCUCCUGAAGAUUUUCCAGUGUUUUUUAAGCUCAAAUUGACCUACAUGUUCGCUAGUGUGGAAAAUUAAAUCACUCUGAAAGACGGCAGAGCUUCAUUUGUCUCUGGCUGGCAUUGGGACGUGAGUGAGGGAGUGAUUAAGUGAGUCUGUCUGUAUUCCUGGAAGGCAACAACAUCAGGUUGUCAGAACCCCUGAAAGCUCCUCCAUCAGGUUAAUGUGAAAGAAGACUUAAGACAGGAUUGAUAGGGAAAAUAGAUUUAUUGAAUCGCCACCAAAUUUGACUCGGAUUAAAGAUGGUGAUUGCAACUGCCCCGUGUCCUUCCUAAAUCUCCGAUAUGAUUGACAAUGUGUGCACAUAAGAUUUUUUUAAGUUUCUCUUCUAGUGUUAAAGCUUUUAUUCAGUGAGAGGAUAGGACAGUGGGUAGAGUUGCAACGACAGGCUGCCCACUUAGAUUGCAUGACUUCUGUACGUGACGCUUGCACGUUUAACCACGAGGUCAAACCAUGGUGUUUUGUUUGUGUCAUUUUCGUUAUCACACGCUUCCUUAAACAUAAAAUCCCUCAUUGCUUUUGUUCACAAUGGUUUUCUCUUUCCUCUCACCGGGUUUGGUUUAAUCUGUGCCAUUAUUAAACGGUAUCACACAGUUCCUGAAUGCUAUCGGAGUGAUCGAAAAGUACAAUGAAAAACAGCCCAUGCUGACCUACAUGAGAUUCUCUUUAAUGUUAGGAGGUCAAGUACAGACAAUCAGAUCAGACACAAACAUAAAGGUCUGAACCCUGCAUACAUGUGUUCUUUGCAAGUGUGUCAGCAAUUUCCAGCAGUGUGUUGUUCAGUUCUUUCCAUGCACAGUUGCCCCUACAGUGAGCAGAAGUUUCCCUGUAGUUAAUUAGGAAAAAGUAGUUAUUUGUUUUCUGCUGCAACCAAGUGAUGACCAACAAAAGGUACUAGCAAAGACUUGUACAAAAUGUCUGCAACAGUUGGACUAAAAGAGGGUGAAUUAUUUUAUCUCUUCUGUCGUACCCCCCUCACCUCCAGGUCCAGAGUCUGGUUUCGGAGUGGGCGUGGUCCAGAGAUGACGUCAUCCUCCACACCUUGCCGCUCCACCAUGUUCAUGGUAUCGUUAAUAAGCUGCUGUGCCCCCUCUGGGUUGGUGCUACCUGCGUCAUGCUGCCUGACUUCCAGCCUCAGAAGGUCUUGGCUUCACUUUGUCUCUUUCUUGUCUCUCCUUUCACUAACAGUCUUGAACAGAAAGAAUUUUUAAGGUGUAACCGAAUGAAGUUAGAUUUUGAAGACCUGUGUAGACGCCACUGGGUUUUUAAAGUCCCUCCACUGGUUUCACAUGAAUCACUCUUUUUCUGUCCUUGUUUUCCUUUUUACAUUCAACUUUUCUUUUUGUUUAAUCUUUUCUCCGUCUCUCUUUUUAUCAGUCUCUCCUCUUUUUAUUCCUCCCUCCCCUCCUCCCUCUCUGACUGUCAAACUAAGUGUUUGGGGCUCAGUGAUGAAUUGCCCUGUGUGGCUUUGUAUCUGACCAAUGCCGACUCACGGCAGGGGCUUAAGCAGCAGAUCAAUCGAUGAGCUGACAUUGAAGGAUGAUAGUGCUUGUUUGGCCCUGAGAAGGGUGGGGAAGAUGGGGUACUAAGUGUGUGUGUGUACAAAUGUGUAGGUGUGUUUUUGGCACAUAUAGGAGCAUGCAGAGGGUUUUUUUUUUCCCUGUGUGUAUAUGUCCUUUACGGCUCAAUGGCAGAUGGAAAGUAAAGGUCUUUAAAGGACAUAUGUAUCUGUCAACAUGGGUAUUGCUGCACUCUUAUAGCUAUCAGUAUUCAGCUGUUAUCCCUGACCUUGUGUACCAAACCACAAAGCCCCUCCUCUCAGCCUCAGAAAAAAACCUUUCUUCUCCUCGUCCUGAAGUUACAGUACAUUGAUGAAGUGAUCGAUAGUCUGUCUCUUCUAUCCCCUCAGAUCUCUGAAGGGUAGCCUAGGCAGCAGAGGCCGCCAUUGAUUUUUCUGAUUUCGCCUGGAGAUAGUGACAGAAAUUUUCAGUGCAGGAAUUGUGAUCCAGUAAAUCGCAGAUAAGUCUCUUUCAAGUGUAGCUGUUACAGGCUGACAGUGGCAGAUACUAGUCACACACAGCACUGUACACGGGGCUGUAUCCAACCAGAGAAAUACUAGGUCGAGUGAAACAACACCGACUCGUCAACAGAUUGAUUCAUAGGAAAAAAAAGGAAAAAAAAACAACAACAAAAAAGUGACCUCUAGAUCAACCUAAUUAGUGACAGUGAAAUCAGUGCUCUCUGACUGGCAGUUCAAAUGAGCUUAAAAAUAAACAAAACAAGCUGUUUGCAGCAUUUUAAAUGACUAUUAAUCUCAUAUUGUUGUAGUGAAACAACAAUUUUCUUCGAGCUGAACCUUUCUGUAUCAGUGUAAUUUCUGAAAAUAUAACUACCUGUGUAUUUACUAGGGAUCAAACCACAAUGAAUAAUAAUAAUAGUUAGACACAAAAUAACUUCAGAUCAUUGUUUUUGUUUAACAGGACUCACUUAGUCCAGCCUGACCAGAGCAGAGUCACUCAUAUCACUGUGAUUAAAUUGAACUCAAAAAACACAGAAAAUUAAAUUUAGAGCUCUCAAAUGGACAAACAGUUCAUUUUUUAGAUUAACAUUCAUCAAACAAACCAGCUUAAAUGAAAUGUACAGGGCUUAGCUGUUCAGACUACAACCCCUUAAAGCAGGUGAACAUAUGGUUAAACUCAAAGCCAAUCAAGUGUUUAACACAAAACAGACCACAAGUUCUGUGCCAACGUUUACGGUGCACACACUUUUAACUUUUGAUGUUUUUAUUUUAUUAAUACUUUGGUUUGAAGACAUUUCAUCAUUUUGUGUUUUCUGCUAUUAGGAAAGAACAUGAACUGAACUAAAUUCCUGCUACUUUAUCCUAAGCAAUAUGAACAGUACUAGAGUUUUUUCCAAAUUUGCCCUACCACCAAAGAGGUGCAAGUGUAUUAUUGUUUUAACACAAGCCAACCUGCAUAAUCAUAUAUUUUACAUAGGGGUGUCCCAAUACAACUUUUUUACUUCCAAUACGAUACCAAUAUUGUAGCCUUUAGUAUCGUCUGAUACCGAUAUUGAUCCGAUAUUUGCAUAAACUUGUGCAUGACAAGUUUAACACUCAGCUGCAACGUCUUUUAGCGACUUAAACAAAGAAUACUGCCACACGGCUGACAUCACUCCUACUCCUUGCUGCUUUGUUUGUACCUUAGUACACACUGUUGUUGUGAUCAUGUGGGCUCAACAUGCUGGAUCCGGAUGCUGCUAGCUAGAGGUGACGGAGUGGAGUCUGGAACAGACUGCUUGUAUCUGAGUGCUGAUAUCAGAGAUUUUAGAUGCAGGCUGAUAUAAUCCGAUAUUUGUCUUUUGGCUGAUAUCAGACCGAUAUCAGAUAUCACUAUCAUAUCGGGACAGCCCUAAUUUUACUCAGAGACUAAUUACUUCACUUAUAACUCAUCAUUCAAAAUGGCCAAGCAAUGGAAACAUUAACCAAAAAAAAACAGAAAAAAAAUCACCAGGCACUACCGCUCAUUUUUGUCAGUGUGUGUGAUUCUUAGCUCUGCAGAAACAGUGACAUUCAACUUCUCAUGGAGGCUCCUCUGGAGUCCCAUGUUGAGCCUAGAGUUGAUCAUAGUUGUUUAGGAUGCAGGCCAUCGCUUCGGGUUCUCACCACAUCCUGUCCCCCAGGUGGAGGCCAGCUCUUUGACGGACAUAAAUUGCCUUCCUCUCCCCUCCAGACUAGACUUUGUGGAAGCGCUCCACUGCACUUGAUAGACACCACCCAGAAUGGUCGGGGCACCCUCGGUUACUAAUCCCUCUCUUGGUGCAAGGUUUUAUUCUGUGUGUGUGCACAGGUGAGUUGGGGACUCACACACUUUUUAGACCAGGUAGUUAAGAUGUGAGAAAUGAUGUAUGGGUUUGGUUAGACUGUUGACAAAUCUUUAUUUUCAGAGCUGUAGUUGUCCAUACAUUUCACUUAUGUGGGUUUAUUGUAGCCAGAGGAGGGAAGAGGAGGAGAAGUCAAUAGAUAAAAGAUUAGGUGAGUCUACUUCAACAAGCUGACUCAAAGGAGAGGUGAGAGGAAGAGUUUGGAAAUUGUUGGCACAUUAAGAGGAAUGUGUUGGUUCUGUAGGUGAGACAGAUGAUGACAGAAACUGCAUUUUUCUGUGUGUGUGUAAGAGAGAGAGAGAGAGAGAGAGAGAAAGAGAGAGCGAGACUGCAGAGGCAGCGAAGCAGGAAAUUACGAAAUGGAGAGAGAAGGUAAGUGAAUGUGAGAUAGAGAGCGGAGGGGAGUGAGGGAGGAAAAAAAAGAUGAAGGGAAGAUGCAGGGUCAGAGAUGAAAGUAAGGGAAUGAAAACGAAGCACUUGGAGAACGAAAGUAGAUAGAAAGAAGGAGUGGAAAAAGUGAGGAUAAGUAGGUGGGGAGGGGAGGGGAGCCAGCUUAGGAGGAGCGUUUGUCUCCCAAGGGGGGGAGACGGGACUUAGAGGAGCUGUCGUUCACCUUCACUUAAUUCAUGCUGUCGUCCCAUCCUCCCAUCGUCUACUGCUGUGUACCCAGACUUUGUGUGUGUGUGUGUUUUCAAGUGUGUGUUUGUGUGAAAGAGACAGAUGAGGUAAAGUGGGCGGGGCUGGGUGUUAAGAUGCCUUUGUCCUUGAGAAAGCGAGUUUAUGUGACAUUUGAAACGUAUUUUCAUAGGUACAUGUAGUUCACGGUGUAUGUUUAUGUCCAUUAACUCCCUGUAAGUGUGUGUUUGAAGCAGCAUGUGUGUGUAUGUGUGUGUGUGUGUGUGAUGGAGGACAUUGUAGCAGUCAAAAAGCACAUUUGUCAAAAGUAGCCGUACAGAAGGCCUUUAACUGGCCAGCGUGUCAGCUCUGCCCUACAGCACUUUGCUGUUUUCUUCCUGCUGACCUUUACAAAUCUCAACUUUCUUCCUGCCCUUUUUUUCUGCAUUGUGUUGACAGGUUCAGUGUUAGGCUGCUGUCUGGACUUUACUCUGCCAUUUACAUCAAAUAGAAGAGAGAAUAUCACUUGCACAUGAGCUAAAUGGAUAAAUCCUUCUGUGCAUUGAUCGUUGAGUUUUAUUGCCCGUCUGUGAGGUACACCGCUCUUCCUACCUUACCUUUUCCCCUUUCUCUCCUCAUCAGUUUUAUAUCUGUGUGUGUGUUUGUGUGUCUCAGGUGUGGGAGAUGCUUUUGAGCUCAACGGCUCCCGUUGUUAACGUGUUCAUGGCUGUGCCAACCAUCUACUCGAAGUUGAUCCAGUACUAUGAUCAGCACCUCACACAACCUAAUGUCAAGGACUUUGUCAAAGCAGUCUGCAAGGAGAGGAUCAGGUACUGGCGGUGGGAUCACUGAUAGACAGUUUACUCAUGGGGGGAUGAGUUUGUGGAUAUAUGUGUUUGUGAUAUAAUGAUUUGUGAUGAAUUAAAUAAUUAUGGAAGUAGAAUUUAUCUGUUCAGCUUUAUUCAUUGACGUAAAUUAAAAAAGCGCUUUGUUACAGCAUUAAAGAAUUUCAGGGUAAUUAAAACAUGAAAAAAGAAGGAAAAAAUAAAAAAACUAAUUAAAUCACAGUGAAAGCUUCAGGGAAUCACCGUCACCAGAUCUAAACAGCAUGUAUACCGAUGGGAGGUUUUGGAUCUAUGUGAUUCCAGUCUCACUUUUAGACUGAGCUUUCUACCAGCACUGUCAAACACUGUAGAAGUGAGUGUUUUUUGGACGCCUGGUAUUUAUCCCUGAGGCAGAAUUUUAAAAACAACGAACAAAAUUUAUCGUUCUCCCCCCAGAUGUGUCACCUGUUUGAAUAUAUAAGUGCAAAAGUUGUACAGAGACAUGCUAUUGAUUCUGUUAUUUAAAGACAAUUUAAAAUUAACAGAGCAUCCUAUAUUGCUUUAGAUAUGAUCUUUGCUGUGUUUAAUGGCAUCACUGUUUAGUACACAUCAGCUUUUUUAAAUGUGCAAACGCGUUGAAAAAUCAUCCAUAUCAAAUCUUAACAUCUCACAACAAAACAAAACAAAAAUAUAACGACCUGAAACAUGUUUGAACUCAUUUGAUGUUCACCAUAUUUUAAAGGCAAUUAUACCUUAAUGAAAUAGUCCUGCUGUUAAACAUCAUUUUUUAAAUAUAAUUUGUCUCAGCAGGUUUUUGCUAAUUACCAUGGCGUUGUUAAAUCUAGGAAUGUGUCUUUUGCAGCUUUAAGGAUUUUCGUUAUUGUGUCCCUCUCUCUGCAGACUGAUGGUGUCAGGCUCAGCGGCUCUCCCUCUUCCCAUUCUGCAGCGCUGGAAGGAGAUCACAGGUCACACACUGCUGGAACGCUAUGGCAUGACCGAGAUCGGCAUGGCACUGUCCAAUCCACUCAGAGGCCCACGCAUCCCAGGUAGGAUGUUACAGGCAAAUGCUGGAUUGACAGCAGAGAAAGAGAACAGGGUGAGACAUUUUAGGAAGUUAUGUUCCAAUAUUUUCACGUAAAAGCCUCAUAUGACAACCCAAAUCUGUGAUGAUGAUGGUGAUGAUGAUGAACAAUAAAGCUCACUAUAAGAAUGUGAUAUCAUUCAAAUCUUUCACAUUUAAUCAGAUCACCGAACCUCAGUGUAAUUUAUGAGUUUGUUCACCAACAAAUUUGUCUUUUUGGCGAGACAAAACCAGCGGAAAGAUACAGCAAAUAGUUCAACUGAAUUAAAACAAACACGAUUUUGCCGCGUCGUCUCCCGCAGCAGAAGGGUUUGCCAUCAGGGUCGGAAAAAUUAGUCGAUUUUUGGUCGCAAAUGUCAGGGUUUUAGUCAACCAAGAAUGUCUUUGGUUGAUUACAGCCCUAACUGAGUGCGUUUGAGAUCAUUAUCAGAAUGAAUCAUAAAUCAGGUGCUUUAAAGGGAAUAACAUGACAAAUUUAUGUCUUACUCUUUAUGUCUUAGCAUUUAAGAUACUAUACUGCCAGGUCAUUGUCUUUAUUGAGGGCUGAGGAGGAGAGGGUUUGUGUUUUUGCUUCAUGUUUUUGGAGAUGAAAGUUAAUGUUCAGGAGCUGCGAGCUGCAUGUUUGAUUUGGUUGAUUUUGGUUCCACUUGUUGGCUUCAUGUGAAAUGAGAGCGUCACUUUAAACGCUCAAAUCUUUUAAAAUCGUACUUCAACAACAAUUUGAUGGUUGAAUUUUGUCAACGCAUUAUAAGGCAUUUUUGCAGUUAUAAGAUCAGAGAGUGGGAGAGGACGUGAACCAAAGGGUGGUGGUCAACAGCUGCUGUGGUGAGGACUACAGCCUCGGUAUUUAAGUGGGCUGCUUAGUCUGUUGGGCCAUUUGCAGUACUGAUGAUGAAAUGUUAGUGUGAUGCACCUAUUUCGACAUGUUUAUCAGUAAAUGUAAGAAGUUGUUCAGUCCCUCCCACUUAAACAUUACAGCCAAAGUCUACAAACUAGCUAUCUUUUUGAGCCAAACAGCCUGAACUCUGAGUGUGACCCCAUGUUAACUUUGUACUUUUUCACAGACAUCUUUAAAAAUAGGCCCCGAUAUUGCUCUACCUCCCUCUGCAGUUUGACUCAGUGCUUCAGCUUCAUGUGUUGUGUUUGAUUGUUUGGCAGUUUUCCUCCAGUGUGAUGUCAGAUUAAACCCCAUGAUCCCAACUACACCUCCCUCACACAGGCAAAAACAAAAGCAGGGUCUAGAAAUGAGGUCAAAGAAACGGUGGUUGCUUUCUUCUCCUCCCGUCUUCUCCUGUCCUCCCUCCUUCAUCUGCCUCUCCCUACCUUCUCUUCUUCCCUCUCCUGUUCCCCAGUCAGCUCCUCUGCUCGACACGGAAAGCUAAUUAGCUUGCAAGUGGAUUGGGUAAUCCUCUGUCUUCUGUUUUGUCGGGGUAUUGUUUUUGUUUAUUUGUCAGGUAAUGUUGAGCAUAAACUGAGCAGACUGAGUUUGAUUCCUCUCAGGUGAUUAUUAAGAACAGUUUCAAGACGUCUGUUGUUCUAUUGAUGUUUCCACUACAGCACAAAGACCUCAGCAGAGGAUGUGUGUGUAUGUUUGCGUGUGUUUAUGUAUGCAGACAUGAGCCUGUGCCUGUUUGAGUCAGUGUGUUCCCGUGUUGUCUUUAAGUAGGUUAAAACGGAUCAAUAGAAACUAUAGGAAACACUCUCAGAAGAGCAGUAGAGUGCAGUUUCCUCCUGUCUCUCCGUCUCUUAACCACAAUUUCUUUUCUUUCCAUCCUCCCCCAACUUUGGAGCAGACCACUCAGAUCUUAAUACGAUUAUUUAUAGCAAUUGCAUUAAGAAAUUCUACUAUGUUUGUGGAAUCUAAUUGGCCUGAUUUAGUUGUGUAGCAACAGUUCUGGAACAUUCCAGAUUAACAGCAGCAUGGCUUUCUGGGUCAAAUUUCCCUCGUCGAGAUGUAAAUAUGUGAGAUUAACUCAACCUAGUUCUUUCCAUAUCUUCACUAAAUCACUUGGUUGCCUCUUGUGUCUUUUUUGAUUAUUUAUUUUCUUCUUUCCAGAACCUUUUUUGUCCUGUACUGUUCUUGGGAGAAAAAAAUGCAUCACAUCUUUCAUUCACCUCCAAGGAUGAAAAAACUAUAGAACGAACCCAAACAGGCGCUCUGUCAUUCCUCAUUCACACCUUUUCCCGCCCAGUGUGUCGCGUUCACAACCUAUCCAUGCUCUUCAAAACGGCACUUAAUCUUCUUGAAUCAUCGCGUGCUGACUUUUACGGAUCACUGAAACUCCUAAAGCUCGUGAUGAGCGAGAGAAAAAUGAGAAAAGAGGCAGGAUGAAGAAGUGUUGAGAGAUUCCCUGAAUUAAAUCAUUCAUGGAUUGUCAAGACUUUGCUGCUCAGGGAGAUGAGUCUGUUUCGGUUGUUUUAGAGAUUUAUUGUUGAUUUUUAUUCAUUAGAGUUCAAUGUCAAGGAAAAUUUGAAAUUUGGUUCAUCGUUGCAAUCACUGAUGACAUUUUCUUACUAUUUAUCAGAGUCUAAGGAAUAUAGAAAGAUGGUUUGAGAUAUCUGAGAGGGAGAGAUGUCAUCUCAGUUUGCAAUUCAACUGGAUUACUGUCCUUUCCUCAGUAUACAAGCAACGAAUAAGAAUCAACUUAUUGGUUAUCAUGGGAUGACUGUGCCCGCUGGAGAAAUGCUCACUUCCAGUGAACUACAUUUGGGCCAUUUUCUGAUUUUCCUUUCAUGUCACACUGAAACAAUCAACAAACAGGUUAGUAAGAAGCUAACUGGCCGGACCUUUCAUAUGUACGAUGUGGCACCUAUUUCUUUUUUAUACUGUGCUGCCCCUUUAAGGGAGCAGGGUUGGUUGUUUCUGUGUUGAAGUUACCAGUUAAAACUUCAAAAACAGUUCAUAAAUCAUGUGGGAAAACUUUAAAAACGGAGCGAUGCUAAUGCGCUAGCCUGUCAAUGGCAUUUCCAAUGUAACAUUAGCAUUAAGCUAAUCAGCAAUUUUUCGUUGGUGUUAAGUUAAUUAAAAAUUGAACUUCUUUAUGUGGAUUUGUACUAUUUAAGAUUAUGGUUUGUCACAUGUCGCAUUUUCACAGUACAUCAACAGUAAACGGUCUGAAAACUCAUCUGCUUACUCACCUGUUUAUUAAAGAUCACCUGUUAGCUAUCUGCCAAGUUCACAACAAAUAACUAGAGCAAAAUAUAUAACUCCCUCCUUCUUCUGAUGAGAUUUUGCUCGCAAGGCGGCGUCCUCCCUCUCAUUUAUGCUGCUUGACUUCCAGGUCAAAGCCAGAAUGCAAACUGUAGAGCACGCACAGAACAGUUUAGAUCGCACUGAAGUUAAUACAUGCGAGAGAAACUCGAUCUUUGAUAUGUGGAUCAAUAUAGUUAUUGAUUAUUGGAGCCAGCCUCAAGUGGCCUCUUUAGGAACUGCAGCUUGGUGCACCUGUGCAUUAUUUCACACUGGAGGUUGCUGUUCAGACAAAACACACACUGACCGAUCACAGUCUUAAACAAAACUAUAAAACAAAAUAAAUAUCUUAGCUGAUAAUCUUUGGGAUUUAUCUCCAAAUCGAGUGGUUUGAAUUAAUCUCAGCCAUCUCUCUCUACUUCAAUCAAUCAAUCAAUCAAUCAAACUUUAUUUAUAUAGCACCUUUCAUGCUUUUAAGCUGCAACACAAAGUGCUUUACAAAGAGGUAAAAACAAACAACGUUAAAAAAAGAAAACAACAGUAAAUAUAGGGCACUUAAAUAGGCAUAAAACCCGUCCCUUCCCACCCACAGCAGCAUAUACAGGCAUGCACAGCAGCCCACCCCACACACACAUACACGCACACACGUAUCCACACACCCACACAGUAACUGUCAGUAAAAACAUGGCAAGGCACUGAUGAUUCUGGUAAGGAAAGACCAUCUAUGGGAGCCGUCCACAUCGAGAGGAGCCACAGCCCACCCCCACAGGGAGCACCGCCCCCGAGACCCCCCGACCCAGACAGCCCGGGUGCACCCUGCACAUAGUGCAGAGCCCCCUAACCGUCUGGGCCUGGACGAUCCCAAGGACCGCGCCCCCCGGGGGCGGACCAGACAUACCUCCCAGUGUGGAGGGCCCCCACGAGGAAACUCUGGAGCUAAAAAGACUAGGGCAUAGAAGGAAUUAAAAUAAUAUUAAAAUAUCUAAAUGACGUAAAAAUGUGAUAAAAGUAAAGGAUAAAAUAAACUAAAACCAAAUUAGAAUAAUGUUAGAAUAUCUAAGUGACAUAAAAAUGUGAUAAAAGUAAAGGAUAAAAUAAACUAAAACAGUUAAAUCAGCUAAAAGCCAAACUAAAAAGGUGGGUCUUGAGCCUCCUUUUAAAAACAUCAACAGUCUCUGCAGUCCUGAUGUUCUCUACUUAAACAUUAUGUAAGCUCUGACAUCAAUUAAGUGUCAAUUUAAACCUUUACAGCUUUGAUUUAAAAGAUAGCCCUCUUUUUCAGGAGAGAUAGAUUUAGAGUGUCUCUCCUAAGAUGAACUGACAGUGUUUUAUUUGGCUGUAUGAAUAAGAAUAUACUCAUAUGGUUUUAAUGGCAAUCAAAAAACGAAUGCUUGGUAGUGUAGUUGGAAAGUCUAGGAGCUACAGUAUUCCACCAUUCGGUUAUAUAGUUGCAGCUAAACCCCGGUCAGAGUGUCCUUGAACAUCACGUAGAAGCCCUUAUAUCCAGUCUCCUUUGUGCGACUCUAAUGAAAAAAAGAUACCACACACACCUUGUUUUCUAGGUUUCAAUUAACCUUGUUGUUGUUGUUGCUCUGUCCUGAGCAGGUCAGGAUGCAGUGAUCAUUAUAACUCGGCCACAUACAGCUUUUCAGACCCUCUGACUCUUGCUUGGUUGUUAUCCUGCUUGUCCGCAGAGAAAUAACCUGGUUACUCUCCAGCCCAGUUGUUUUUUUCACUGCCGGACUGAGUGCAAAUGAUGGCGGGUGUGUGAGAGACAUCGCCAAUCAGGACUGGAGUGGAUUAGAUCAAUAUGAAGUGAGAGAAUCACUCUUUAAUCAGGACCUGACCUGCUCUUUAUUGGGAGAGCAGCGGUCUGUGAAAUGACAUAAGAGCCUCGAAGGCAGGCUCUCACACACACACACACACACACACACACACAAGCAUAUGCACACGCAUACGCACACACGCAAAAGAGCACUGAGACCUUCUCUGUGUAUCCCCUGUGCACUCUUUGCUAUAAUUACUUAACUCAGGAGGUCACACUUGCACACGUACAGACAGAGACAGCAGGUGAUGUCGGUACAUGUGGGAAUUUCCAAGCGGAAGCAUUUUUCUCUCACAUAUUAUCACAUAAAAGUUUCACUUAAACAUUCCUGCUCCUUGUGGUUAUAUAAACAGCCUCUACAUAUUUGACACUCAGUUCUUAUUUUAUUUCAUAAUUUGCCGUCUCACUUAAUACAAUUUAGUGCAACUGUGCUGAAAUAAAAGGUCUUGUCAAGCACUCAGCAGUAGUUCCACUGUGCAGUCAGGUCUACUUUCUGUUCAGGUUGACUAUAGGUUGUGUCAAACUGCUGCAGAAGUGGAGACUUUGGUUUCAGUGAAGGGUUAUGGAGCUGCAUCGAGUGUCUCUCCUGCCAAGAAUAACAAGUGAGCGCCACAUAAAGCCUACAAAACUCACAGGAAUCCUCAGAAAUCCUGAUCAGCUUCGCCACUUUGAAGCUAGGCUAUAAACGAAGGGUCAACUCUUCUGCCAUUUUGGUGAUUCAAAAAAGUCUGUGCUUUAUUUUACAGUCAAAAACUAGAGUAAUUUCUGUACAAUAUGUGUUUACCAUGCAUGCAUGUUUUUCUGCCAGCAUCGGUCCCUGAUUGAGUCAAGUUGACUCUUCUCUAAUAUAUUUACAUGUUGUAAAUAUCAGCAAUUUUGUGUCUUACUUGCGUCUGACGUCAUUUACCCAUUGACACAGUGAUGGCAAAACAAUAAAAGGUAUUGUGCAGAUCAUGGGUCAUGUCAUGAGCUAAUGACAAAUUUCCACGCAGAUUUUCUGUUUUAGCUUCUGAAAAUGAAUGAAAGUCAGUAAAACAGCAUCUUUCAGUAAGACGGGGAACCCAGGAUGGUGAGUGAUGAGUCGUGGUUUCCUUUGAUUCAGAGAGGUUCCUGAAGCUCUGUUGUUAUCAAGUCCCACUUACAACAGCAAUGGCUCUCUGGGUUUGUUGGCCGUCUCACAGUUAACACACCUGCUCCACCUGUUAACUCAGAAUCUCUCCUGCUCUCUGUUUUCUCCCGCUCUUCUUCAGUCUGAGGAGUUUCAGGUUCACAAAGAUGUCCUCUUGUGUCUAUGGUUGACAGCACUGUCAGAAUCCCUCAUUUUGUCCAGUUGUUUCGUCUAGUUUUAUCUGUUUGAAACCUGUAGACCUAAAUGCAUUGUUCGUGUGUCAUUACAAAAAAAUAAAGCUAAAUAAUAAUAAUAUCAGUGAAGCUACAUUUACAUUAGUUUUUGAUUCAGACUUUCUUAAAACUGGUUAAAGUAUGAGGUAAAACUGUUCCUGUCUGCAGCAGUUAAUUGUAAUACACUUAGGGGUGUCCCGAUACAGAAUAGAUAUCUAAUAUCUGUCCGAUAUCGGCAAAGAUAUGAAUAUCAGAUUAUAUCAGCUUGCAUCUAAAUCUCUGAUAUCAGCACUUCAAUAUGAGAAGUCCAUCCCAGACUCCGCUCCUGCACCUCUAUCUAGCAGCGCUCUGAUCCAGCAUGCAGAUCCCAUAAAAUCACAACAACAGUGUUUACUAAGGUACUAACAAAGUAGCAAGGAGUAAGAGUGACAUUGGCCUUGUGGCAGUAUUUUUUGUUUAAGUCCAAAAAAGCCAUUGCAGCUGAAUGAAAAACUUGCACAAUUUUGUGCCAAUAAAGGGAUCAAUAUUGGUAUCAGUCAAUAUUGAAGGCUACAAUAUCGGUAUUGCAUCAGAAGUCAAAAAGUUGUAUCGGGACACCUCUAAAUACACUAUCUAUCAACAAGUACCUCAUACAACCCCACACCUUUUAAGUGCUACUCUGGGAGGGACCAGUUCAGUCCCCUGGAUCUGUUACUGUACCCUGGAUCUGUUCUUCAUCCUUUUUAAUAAAAAAGCAGCACAUUGGGAGAGUUUACUUGAUGUUGUGGUAAAAACAGCUGCAUCAGGAAUUGUCAUCGAAAUCCCCAUUACUGUCCAAGUUCGCUAUGCAGGGACUGAGACGAAUGGCUUUCAGUUGGGUGUUUUACAAGCUCAGCAAACCAUUAAGUGACCUGUUAUGCCCUGCAGACAGAGGUUAUAGCCCGUUCACACAGAGGCAGAAAUACUUCACUCAAGGUUUAUGAUGACGAGUCCAACAGUUUCUGCACUUCAACAUGUUUGAUUUCCUCAAAAGCGACUCAAAAAUAUUCCAUGUUGCUUUUAGUGCACUUUUUUUUACAGUCAUGUGAUCCUGCAUGUCCUUCUCUUUGACAGGGGCGGUUGGAUUGCCACUUCCCAGCGUUGAAGUUCGAAUUGUGAUGAAUAACACAAUCAACACCACAAUUGUGGAGGGCAAUCACAGAGAAAAUCAGGUAAUUAAUUCACAAAGCGUAAAACACUAAAGAAGCUGUUAUACUCAUUUUAUCCUUUUUGUCAACAGCCUUGCAUGAUUUUCAACUUAAAGGGCUAUUCCGUCAUAAAUUAAUUUAGGGUCAAACGCACUGCAACACCGAGUUAGACACCCCGUCGAGAGGUGAAUGUUGCUGACCGCUUACUUCUCUAGUUAUACCAACUUUAGUAACAACCGCACAAUAGCAAUACACAGCGAGGAGUCAUUAACAAACCUCAACUAAAAUGCCACUCUAUAGCCUCAAAUAAUGCUCAGAACAGCACCUAACUUCAUCAACAGGACAUAUAGGGUCCCAGCCAUAGUACUAGCCACCAAACAUCUUUUUAAUUUGCCUAAUUUCUUUAGCAAAGAGACUAAACACAACUCACCCACUCUCCUCCAGCAGCCAACUGUUUGUGGAGGGAGCCCUGAUGAGUCAAUCACUGAGUGUAGCGGAGUUUCGCAGCUCAAGGAAGAAAAUGUAUGAUUAUCACUUCAUGGAAAUGCAAUCAGACCGAGAUCCCACGGCAGAAGAACUACUGCGCCUUUAGUGCAAAAUGAUUAUUAUGAUGAUUAUUACUUCAUGAAAAUGAUCCGCUGCAAUCGAUGAUUGACUCGUCAGGGCUCGUCACCUCGUAACCAGAGAAGCAAACGGUCGGCAACGUUCAUCUCUCAAGGGGGGCGUCCAACUCGGUGUUACGGUAUGUUUGACCCUAACUUAAUUUUACGCCGGAAUAUCCCUUUAACUUUUGUUGUAUAAGCUGCUAUUUUAAUAUUACUGAUAAGCCCUCAAACCCUAGGAUAUUCGUGAUACUUUAGAUUGAUUGAUUGAUUGAUUGAUUAAUUGAUUGAUUGAUGUUCCAGGUAUGUCCAGGUCUGGAGGGUAAAGAAGGCGAGCUCCUGGUUAGAGGUCCAUCUGUCUUUAAGGAGUACUGGAACAAACCCGAAGCCACCAGAGAGACUUUUACUAAUGACGGCUGGUUCAAAACAGGUACCAAACUCCUUCGCUCUUCCUCCCCCUCUUGUUUCUCUUCGCCCAAACACCAGCUCCGUACAUGCACUCACUCGUUGACACGCAUCCCCCUUGAGGGAGUGAAGUCUGCCACUAAUUGCAUCUACAUGGGUCGAACUGUCAGAAGGAUUCACGGCAGCAGGAAACAUGUCAAAAGAUUUUUUCAUCUCUGCUGCAAACUGCACUUUUAAGGCUUGAUUUUAAACACUUAACAACCAGGACUUCAGUCAGAGCACACACACACACACGAGUUAAGUAUGUGUGUAUGAUACAGUGUGUGUGUGUGUCUGGUGUGCACAUUUUGGGGGACUAUGAGGGAGUGAUAAAUGGACUAUGUGUGUUUUCGGUGCUGCAGGGCAUUUUUCCUCCUAAGUGGUUGUGACUGCUCUGGGUCUUGAAAAACCAAGUACAGCUCCCUUGCUCAUCUUCCCUUCUCUCUCUUUCUUUCUUUCGUUCUUUCUUUCUCUCCCUCAUCCCUUCUUUAGUCUGUAUAUGUGUGUGUGUGUGGCGGCACACAUGGAGGCUGUCAUCAGAUUCUCCCUCUCCCUGCAGCCCAGCUCUUCUCUUUCUGCCACCUUCCCAAAGGAGCUCUGCUUUACUGCAGUGCCGCUGGGAAACAGGUUGACUUGGCGGGGAAUGAGGGGAGGUUAGAGGGUGCGACGGGUGGGGGGGUAAAGGGAUUUGGAGCUUUUAAUUGUCAUGUAGACAACAGGAGAAAAGAGUUUGAAGCAAAAGAGUGAGAGGAGAGCUUGGGAAUGUGUUGAUGGAGGGGUUGGAUGAGUCUGCUGCAAAAGACAACAUGUAAGGAUCCGCCUCUGUGAGAGUUGGGACAAACAAGGUGGGGAUACAAACUGAUGAUGGCGAGGGAAAAAGGGGUUAAAGAAGGAAGGAAGCAAGGAGUGAGUGAUGGAGAGCAUACAGGGCGAGGCAGUGGGAGAGCAGGGCAGAGUGUGUUUAAUUGGCUUUGCAGGCUGGAAGGACAGAGAUCCAGAGCACAGCACGCUGCUGUCACACUCCAUUACAGCCACCGGCCACAUAAUGAGAGCCCGUGCAAUCAGCUCCCCACAGACUGCUCCCUCAAGCCACACACACACACACACACACACACACAAACACGCACACACAGUGGACUACUCUAUAGGAAGCUUUCUAACACUUUCCAAGCUCCCCCACCUGCCUGAUCCCCGAUGCUAACUUUAACACACACACAAACAUUUCCUACAUGUAUCCAGACUUGUUAAAUAUUUUGGACAUCCUUGGUUUCGAAAAGGGAAAGUUCUCUUUCUUCGAUGGCAGUUAACCUCUAAGAAAAUCAAAAUCUAAUGGUUCAGCCAUUAUUUCAAAUAAUGAGCAAAUUAGUUAGAAAAUAUGAGUCGGCAUAUUUAGUUUAAAAGAAAACUCUGUUCAAACUGUCAAUCCAGCCGUAUCAAAAAUAAUAAAAGAGGGACAAAAAAGUCUCAUUUAUGCACACAAAUAAAACAACCAAAACAACUGCUGCUCUAAUCUCAGUGUAACAAUGACAGUGUAACAAAAAAGUCAAUUCCAACAUUCAAUGACUUAAAUUGACAUCAUUUGAGUUAAAAACACACAAUCUCUCAGCUCAAAACUCUUCCUGUCGAUAUUUUGUUUUGUAAAAGGAUUUUAAACCUCCUGUGAGGAGUUUUUGGCUAGUCUUGAAACAAACUGAAAUGAAUAUCGACGCUUCUCUGUGACCUACAAAAGCAGACGAGACUAAUAGCACUUAUAUUGAUUAUUUCCUAUCUUGUAGUUUUUUUAUGUUUGAAACUGCUGCUGCAGGGUGUCAGACAGGGAUUAACAUCCAUGCAGAAAGAACUUUACCAAAGUUUUCCUUUGCAAAAAAAAAAUCUGUAUUUAAAAUCAGGAAAAAGAAGAAUAACAUUUACCGUUGAAAUCACUAUGUAUGCAUGUGUAGAUAAGAGACAAGAGUUAUUGCUAAAGUUGACUAAAAAAACUAAAGAUUCCCUCUGGAGCUUCAACAUGAUGGUUUGACAUAUCUUACCGAGAGAGUAAAUGAAACGUUCUACUGAGAUGAUCUUUUAUAUCAGCUUUCUUCAAUAAUCUGAGCAAAUGUUUAAAUAUUUGACUGUGGGGUUCUCCUAGUUUAUUUACCUACAUGAUUAUUUAACUGUGUCUGUAAAUAAUCCCAGCUGUAUGUACAGAAUGAGACACAUAAAGCUGAUUUAAAGGAAAGUGCAGACUCACGUGUUCAGUAAACCCCCACACAAGUUUGUGUUAUCUCUACACACACUCCUGCAUGUCCACACAAACCCUCUCAGUGUGGACUAGAGGGGGCUAAGUGUUAAAAGGAGACUUCUUGCACUUAACCCACUCUUAGCUUCCUACCUCCCGUGUCUCAUUGUUACCCUUUUUACCCUCACACCUGCUGCCUGUUUCACACUCCACCUUCCUCUCCAACACUCUGUGUCAUCCUCACUCCAUCUCAGACUUGCUAACUGUUGGCUGAUCUUUCGUCACCUUCCAGCAGAGCUUUCUGCGGCUCAUGUUUUCUCGCAGCCUCUAGGAUUUAACCUGCAGGUCAGGGUGGAAAGAAAAAUGUAACAGUUUCAGCACAGCACUGCUUUUUCACAUGUGCUCAGGUUCUUACUUUUAUAACAAAUUUCUGCACAAUGAUGAUAAAGCAAGAUUCAUGCAGCGUUUCAUACCUGAUAAAUUAAUCUUUUUGAAGUGUGGAAUGGACUCUUUUACCCUCAGAAGGAAGAAAUUUCCAUUUACUGCACUUUGCAGCUGUUCGGAAAGUUGAAUAAAGUUGUUUCAUCUCCUGAAAUGUGGAGUUACUAUAUCAACAAUCAGUACCCUCCUUUAUCUGAGACCUGUCAAUAUAACUCAAAAUGAUAUUAGAGUAAAAUAUGUCUGCCUUUGUCUCCUUUGUCUACAAGAAAUAUGCAUUUUGGAGCUAAAUACACAACCUUUUUUCAUCAGUAUUGAUACAAACAAUGAACUGCUUUGUAAAGCAGUGAGGAAUUGAUAUGUAUGCGAUGAAGUGUUAACAUCCAGGAAUAUCAAUCACAAGGUCUUUCCCAUAGACUGUAUAUACUAUGGACAACUUGGUUCCGCCUUCCGUUGUUAUACGAAUUUGAAGCGGAUUUUCUCCACUUCCUGAAACCACCACUUGUGCAGUAUUGAACGCAUUUGGCUGGAGAGUCGCCAAAAGUCGCUUUGAUGAUGCUUGGCUCAAACAGCGUAUCCCCUGGGUGAGCUACACAAUCUUCGUACGCCCAUAGGCUGUAUCAAGUGUCAAUCAUAGAAAACAUGGACCCCCUAAUAACUUUUAAAAAUGGAGCUGUACGGAAAAAAGAGGACUUGAGCACAAACCUGUCUGACAAUAACUACAUGUCAACAUCACAAGCAGGGGGGAGAAACAUUUAUAUUCCGUGUAAUAACUUUUUGAAGUUUGUCCACAACUCCAUAGGGAUUGCUGCAGGAGGCGGGAUUUAUGACCUAUACUGCAGCCCGUCACCAGAGGGUGCUGUUCUAGCAGUGGCUUUACUCAGCGAGGAGGCAGACAGCAUCCAUUCUAUACACUAGGGUGACCAUAUUCUGACUUCCCAAAAAGAAGACAAGACUACGCAGGGGCAGAGUCACAGAGUCGCAAGAAGUUAAUUUUUUAGAGUUUUUCAGGUCGGAUCGAGUGUCUUUUACACGCAGAAAGUUCAGAAAGUACACGUGACACAAAAUCGAAACUUACGUACAAAACCGCAAACAUUUAAAGGAUUUUAUCAACUUUCCCAGACAAAGCCGGACAAGCCCGGACAGCCCCCAAAAAAGAGGACAAGUCCGGGUAAAAGAGGACCUUACAAUAUAGUCUAUGGUUUUUCCACUUUUGAAUUAAAUCAUUAAAAUAAAAACAAAUAGACAAGAAUGGAUAGAAACACUUUUGUUAUCGGAGGAAGACAUACUCCUAUCCUUUUCUCCAGGCAGCCUAGGAACAGGUUUUUAAGUCACCCUGCAGAGUUUUAUUGAAGUGAAGACCCAUUGCAGCUGAAAAAUGAUUUUGAACCUUUAGUUUGCACUGUGUGGAAGAUGAAGUCUGAGAGUAAGAUAAAGCCGAUCUUGGAGACUGACAGGCUGAUAGGAAAGGGAGGCCAGAGAAAAGUGGAGCGUUAGAAGUGAAGAAGGAGUGUGAGAGUGUAGAUCAAUAAGUUCUCAGCUGGUGAGAGGUGUCUUCUCUUGUGCGAGAGGGUGCUGUGUAGCAUGACUGGCAGCACUAUAGAGAGGCUGUCACCCUCUCUCUUGUUCUCGUCCUCCUCCUCACUCUUUCUCUUUUUCCACUCAUCUUCACAACAUCUCUGAGACCGUUGAUCCCUUUGUGGCUUUUUAAACCCUCUUUUUUUUGUACUGGUUGUUCUGUUCAGCUGUCCAGAGUUACGGAAGAUGUUCAGUUCACAUUGACAACAAUGGCGAGGGCUUUUGUUGUUGCUUUUCGUGUACCCAUGUAAACACAAAAAGUCAGGGGAGACCGAGAUGAGGGGAAAACGAGAGAAAUUCAAAGUGGUGUGUCAACAAAGAGCCCAGCGCUCCUCCCAGAAUGGAUUAAGAUGUUCUGAACUAAACCAUAAAUAAAUGUAUGAACACAUAAAUUAAUAAGGACUUGAGGGACGAGGGGGAAGCUUGGGCAUUAGCCAUUUCUCAAAUUUUGCAUUUGAGUGAUAAAUAAUGAAGGCUUGGUUUUUAGUAGGCAGUGUAGAGGAAAUUGUGUUUGGGGUCCGACUAUUAACCCUGUCUUAUCUGGAGUUGAAUUAUUUAUUUAUUUCACUUGAGCGAAGAAAACACUGGAGGAAAAGUUAACAAGGGAGUUAAUCUCGAUGUACCGCCUCAGUUUUUCAUCCGAAAGUACAGUACUGUUGCUUUUUCCCAAAAUACUGUAUUUUGCGUGUUUCUUCUGCAGACCUUUAAGUCUCAAACAGCCUGAACUAUAAUGCAUACGUGUUACACCACAUCCAACUGAGAAUACGUGUGCGCCUUUUGUUAAAACAUGCAUGCCUCUCUCUGUGUCUGCAUGCGUGUGACUGCUGGAGAUGUAACCCCAGCUGUAAAGGUGAGCUUCAGGUCUCCGGGGGUAAAUCCUCCACAGACAGACAGAAGUGUGGCUCAUAUCCUGCAGAGCCAUCACUAGUCAUUUGCGCAUCCCUCUCGUAGCUCCCAGCUGUGCUCUCGUCUUCUCUGCCUCCAUCCCCUUCCCACUCAGCGGACCCAAUGUCAUAUUUCACCCUGAGACACAUUGUGUCCUCCUGACUCCAAUGUCAGAGCUCCCUGUGGGAUUCACCAACAACCCAGCACCCUGCCAGCACUUUGUUAAGACCAGACAUCCCUGUUACAUUUACAUUUUUCACAGUGUCAACACAUGCUGGACAUGCUUUUAACACCAGUUGCAGGUAAAUAUGAUUUUAGAAACACUUAAUCGGCUUAAUCGGUCUAAGCUCAUAAUUCUUUUUUUUAUCGCCGAAUCGGACUUCUCUCCUUGUCUUCGUAUACAUGCAGCUGAGGAAAACGAAUUAUUGAUGUGAACGAGUCCUCCUCCCCAAAACUAGGGGGCAAUGUGGGUCUUUGUUGUGGCGUUGUUUCCGGACCUUUUUUAAAGAUGUCUCUGUUCCUCGUUUUGAGACCGUCCAUAUAUUCUAAAAUGUUCAUUUCUGUCAGGACAGAAAGCAUAACGGCACUCUCCUCAUCGUUCCAAAAGUGGACAUUCUUUCGUGCUUCAGCCAUGUUGCAGUUGCUUUUGAGUCAAAAGUUCUUAAAAUGACAGUGCCACUUCUUCUCUGGUGUUUUUGUUCUGGGGUUACAGAGGCGUGGCGCAUGCGCACAUGCAUUGUCCGAUCAUACUUUGACCACGCUGGUUACACGGUAGAGAAAAUCGAAUUCCAAACGCAUUAUCUGGGUGUCUUAAUCGGAGUUCUCAAACUCUGAUUAUAGUCGGACUAAGGUGUUCACAUGCACUUCAGUUGUCUGGUCUUAAUCGGAGUAAGGCAAUAAUUCGGUUUUCUCGAGUGUCAACCAGUGAACAACCGUCUGUUUUUAUACGUCACCCGGCAACCUUCGUGCUGAUUAGUUAUCGCAAAUAUCCGCUCAAGCUGAGACAUAUUCAGCUUCCGCGAGAGUAGCAGGAGCGUCUAAUAGCGUCUUUGCAUUGACUUAACAUGUAAUUCAUUUGCACGAAUGAUUUUACUCGCGCUUGGUGUGAAGAGACAGUAAGAAAUUUGUGUUGAUUGUCAAAGGAGCUGCAUCUUUAUCUUGCUUUUAAAACAGACACUCUUUGUUUUUCAUUCAUCUUUUCUGGUCAAAAGCAGGAAAAUAAUGUGUUUUCAAAAAAGUGUUUAAUCUGAGUUUUCAAAUCUCUAAUGCUCAGUAAGCAGGGUUUUCAUUCACUAUUGUUUUUUCAAUGUCUAUCAGACAAUCAGAUUUGUGUGAUUCAGAGCAGAGAGUGAGCAUGUAAACUGCAGUUAAGUAGCUUGCUUGAUGAACAUGCCAGAUCUGAGACAGACAUCAAUCCUCAAGUUCAGCUUGUUAUCUGCUGCUGGAGAGGCAACCCUGCAAGGAAUAUAAUCAGUAACAUUAACAUAAAGCAAUUCAAGCUCCUUUAAUUGCAUUAUAUUAAACAAAUUAGAUCAGUCACCCAAGUGCAAAGUGCUUUCUUGUACGAUAUUAAUUGCCAAAAAAGGAGCUGUGACAAAAGUUAAGGAUGAUAAAUAAUGUCAGAGCUGAGAUUUCACUGCUUGGCUGUCUGUUAUUUAUCCUCAUUAACUCUUCCAUCUAGUCAACGGGGCUUUAAUGUGGAGCAUUAAUAUUCAUAUAUGCUAAGUGUUUACAGUCACAGUGAGAAGAGGCAUGACUCACACUCAGACCUCUCUGAGCCCGGUGCAGAUAAGACUCUCCUCUCCUCAGUGAUUGAGGGCACUCAGCUCUAACCUGCGCUGCGAGGGUUUAGGUGGUGUUGAAUGUGGUGAAAGACUGUGACUCCACUUGUGCAUCCUUGCAGAAGAGGAGAGGCAUCACCUCGUCAGGUUCACUUAAAGCUCUUCAGUGGUGCUAGUUUGGAGACGUGUACACACACACACACACAGCGUGCAUGUCAAAUAGUGUCUCUGGAUGUCAACUUUCCUGCAGGGAAAUGACUGCUGAGUUUUUGCGGAUGCUAAUUUUUGAAACUGUUCAAAAGUUUGUUGCUCCCGCAGAGAUAGUUCACAGGGAAUUAGAGCGGGGCUCGAAGGCUCUUAUCUUUUUUAACCUUUAGUUAAACUCAUUGAAGUUUAGAAAAAUAACUUUUUCGAGAGUGUCCUUGCCGAGGCAGAAUCUGAUCUGUUCUGAAGUUGGUGGUGAUUUCUGGUUGCAUAAACAGAAUUAGUAGGAAUAGGACAAAGAGAAGCUAUAUACAGAUUUGAACAUAUCAGAAUUACAUCCUGAUGAUUUCUCAAAGUACAGAUACAAACGGCUGAAUUAUGAAAUUUGGAUGGGCUUUCUUUGAAAUGCGUUUUUUUCUUUCAGAAAUAGACUGAUUAAUGAGUUGGAUGAUUGUUCUGCAUCGGCCCAAAUUAUCAUCAAUCUUUUCUUGAUGAAAAGUUCGUUUUUCUUAUCCCCAGUGAUGACAUCUUCAGUUUAAAACAGUCCAGGCUAGUGUUUCUUAUCAAUUCUGUUAUCAUAUAAAAUAUAAUACAUUUAAGUAUUGCUCCUGACCUGAAUGUGUUUGUCUUUUUCAUCGAUUCAUUGAAAUUACAUUCAAAACAUGUUGUCACCUUGAGAUAAGAUUGUAAUAUGCAUGAUGUAAUGGAUUUACACAUAGUUUUCCUUUAUUAAUUUAUCCUCAAAAAUUAACUUUGUUUUUUUUUUUUUUUAUUUCAAGUGGAAAAGGCUAACCUCCUCUCUCAUUAUCAGUAUCAGCAUCGGCCACAGAAAAACUGAUAUUGAUCAACCACUAGUUUGUUCUGUGUAGUGCUUCUUAUUAAAGACUCACCGUUACAUCGUCAUCUUUACCGGUAAUUACUGUUCAUUGGGCAAGUACCACUUUGUUCACUGGAAGCACCAAAGUUGACACCAGGUGGAAGAUCCUUGCAGGAGCUUUAAUGUAAAAACACAGAGUUAAACAGUUUUGAGUCAGAAUCUCUGUUUGCAUGAAGCUCUUUGGCAGAGCUCUGAGUUGAGAUUCCUCUAACUUAAGCUCACUUGAUGAAAACGUCUUGGUCUAGUUCAGGGGUCGGCAACCCGCGGCUCUGGAGCCGCAUGCGGCUCUCUCUUCCCUAAACUCCGGCUCCCAGUGGAUUUGGAAAAUAAAUAAUAAAUACUUAAUUGCAUUUUAUUUUAUUUUAUUAUUAUUAUUAUUAUUUUGUAAUUCUAAAUUCAAAGAUUAUAAUGCUCUUGUAACAUUAAAUAAACUAUUAAGGCUGCAACAACGAAUCGAUUAAGUAGAUUCGUCGUGACUCAACUCAACUCAACUCAACUCAACUUUAUUUGUAAUCGAUUCGUCGGGUCUUUAUAUAUGUCCAUGGACACCAAGGCAAUCAAGUAAACAUUAAAACAAUGGAUAAAAUAAAAGGACAAUGUUUUUAAAAACUAAUUUAAAAACAUAGAAACAAAUAACUAAAAACAAACCAUAAAACACUAAAAAACAGUCCAUGGCCAAUGAAUAAAAAUGGGUUUUAAGCGGUUUUAAAAAUGGACAUGGCUUCUCUAACACAAAAACCCAACCGGGUCAUAAUGGACACCGACCUAAAAAACACCAGUGGCCGAGGCAGCGGUGAAAAAACAUGGACACAAAACCCAAAUCCCGACCUAACAAGACUAACAAGAAAAGGAAGGCGUUCAGUGCAACAUUUGCAAAGACCGUUUUGCAUGGCUCGGGAUUACAUCGAUGAUGCGUGAGCACAGGGCUCUCAAGUCUCACGCAUUCAGCGUAUGACACACGUAUUCCCACUCGUUCACACGCUCACACACCACACAUUGUAUUUCUCACGCAUUUAAAUGAACACGGUGAUGUCCACCAAGUUGCACUUCUUCAACUAUGGAACAGGGGGAAAUCAACUGAGUUCCUCCGAGAGUUCAGAAGCUGCGUGCCACGCACAAGCCAAUCAAAUAAAGUAUAUCUACUGAACAGCCAAUCAAAAAGCAGCAUUGCUGUAUCCGGGUAGAUUUUGAUAUCUUGCGGUUUAACUACAGAAGAAGACAGACACUCGCCGAAAUAGUUCAUUUAUUUAAUAAAUGCAACUCGCUACAGUUUUUUAUAUACUUUGUAUAAAGGUAAAAAAAAAAAAAGAUAUAUGCAAUGUUAUCUUCAUUUUAGAUGUCAAAGAGGUUUUGUGGCUCCCUGUGUUUUCUUUUCUGUGGGAAACUGGUCCAAGUGGCUCUUUGAGUGUUUAAGGUUGCCGACCCCUGGUCUAGUUAAAUGGUUAGUCCUACAACCCUGUUUAGAUGAUGUGAAACACUGUGAAUGCAAACUGGAGCCUAACAAUCCUCACAAAUGUUUUUUUUUUUCCUUCAGUGUUUUUUUUUUGUGUGUGUGUGUGUGUUUUGGCACUCAAAUAAAAAACGAAUAACUUUAUUUUAUCCCCGAAGGGAAAUUCAAUAUUUAAAAAAGAAAAAUGUUGAAUUUUGAUUUUUGAUCAAUUCCUUCUGCUGGACAAAAAGUCUAAUUGUGUAACUGUUUCAAAACACUGGACUUGCUUUAAAAAUAUGACUUAGCUUGACCUGCAAAAAAACACAUUUUAAUGCUGUGUAAAGAAAACAGGAAUUAGCCAGGACUUACAAAUGAAGGACAAAAAAUGGGCUGAAGAUCUUUUGAAGAAAGAAACGCAUCCAUAACUACAAAGACAAAAUGAUAAUGAGAUUAUCAAAGUGAGACAUGAGGGUGGCUGUCCAUUGUCUCUCAAUCAAAAGGUCAGGGGUUCAAUUUCAGGUCCGCUUGUCCAUGUGCUGUCGAGUCUUUGGGCAAGACACUUAACCCUAAUGGAUGAAUGGAGUCAGUCAAUGCUGAUGGUUAUGUUUUCUACCAUCAUGUAGUAUGAAUGAUACAUACACGCAAUAUACAAUAUACAUGUAUUUCUAUAUAGUAGAGACUUCUUAUGACAAUAGAUUUGAUGACUUUGGCUCCAGGCUUGAGUACCCAGAUGUAUUUUUUAGCCCUACUCCUCCCAUGGAUAAAAUGUGUUUUUCAAACUGUUUGUCAGUCUGAGCUUGAGUGUGCAGAGAGUCAGAUAGAGAAUGAGAAAAUAAAGUGACUGUGGACAUGUUUUCAUUUUAUCUCCCAAAGUGCACUUUACAGGAGGAUACAUGCCAGCCACAUCUCCAGGGUUGAGUGGGUUGUUCACACAAAAACAAGUACAUGGUACUUAGAUCAAGGUCACGCUCAGAUCCCAUUCAAUUCCAGACACUCAUAUAACAGCUAUUUCUGUCUAUUUCUGCAGCCGCAGAAAUCUGUUAUAUGGCUGGAUUGUCCUGACAAGCUAAUGGACAGCUUCUGUCACCUCCACAAAAACUGUUUCUGUGCAUUUUUAGCUUCCUCUCUCCUCUCUGACACCUCCAGCAGCUAGGCUGGUGGCAGACAGGAUGAAGUGUUUUUGUGAUGUUGGCCUUUGUCAUAUGUCACACUCUGACCUUUUCUUCACUCUUUGUCCAAACAACAAAAAAGCUUGUCUAGACAUCAUGUGUGUGUGUCUGUCUACAUUUGAAUAGUUGUGUCAACCAGUGUUACGGUCAUAAAACCUCAAGUGCAAGGCAGGCCUCAAGUCCACAGUGUUCAAGUUUGAGUCGAGUCUGGGUCACAGAAAAAGAAUCCAAGUUGUGUCUAGGUUGAGUCCCAAUGACUUGACUACAAGUUGAUCUCAACUCUCUGUUACCUGCACAUUUAUUAGAUGGACCAUUGUUUUCACUUUAAACUGUUUCCUGUAUGAACCGGGGCUGACCACUGCAGAUUAGGGGUGUAACCAUUCAUCUACAUCAUCAAUGUAUUAAUUUUAGGGGUGCACUGAUCACGAUUUUCUUUCCGAUCACCGAUCUUUAAAAAGCUUGACCUGCCAAUACCGAUUUUGGACAAUAACUUUUUUUUUAAACUGACCACAUACACCAUUGAUGCUCCAAUCUUAUUUAAUGAAAAACAUUGAACAAUACUUGUGAAACAAUACAAACUUUUUGUGUUUGUUUUUAACUGCACAUGAGGUAGUUCUCUCAAAUAUAAAUGAAAGGUUAGAAUAUUGCUGUCCAAACUUCUAAAUUAUAUCAGUUCCUUUAGUCUUUUAUUUUCCACAUUUUAAAAAUUAACAAUAUUUGCGCAACAGGCCACAACAGCCUCUUACCAAAAUAAAGUGCACAGCAGUAUUUUGCUUUUACAAAUAAAGGAAAUCACAAGGUUUGAGGAAGUUAGUAAAAUAAUAUUCUACAGGACAAACAAACAACACAACUUAAACCACCAAUUCACUGAGGUAGAUAAGAUCGAUGGAUAAUAUCGGUUUGAUAUGUAAAGAAUCAGCCGAUCACCCAAACUUGAGGAAAUCGGCGCCGAUCGAUCGGCAUGUUUAAUUAAUUUAUAUUCCUAUGAUCCAACUACAUCAAUCUGUCCUCAGCAAGUUGGCCUUUCGGAAGACAUAUAUCGAUCUAAAAUCAUUUAAAAAUGUAAGAAAUCGAUUGCAUUGAUACUAGGAAAUAACCAAACAGAUUUAAGCACUGUAAGCAGACUGUAUAUGGAUGUGAGUUUUUUUCACUCUUAAUCAUAAAGACCUUAAGCGUUACUCGAUUCAGUCUACAUGUCUGUGACGUCAUCGCCACACGCCAGCAGACAACAAAACAUAGCAUGGCGGAUGGCGGAGGAGAAGUCGCAGAGCGAGUAAUGAUCAGGAUACCAUUGCGGUCCAGUGUUUGUUGUAUUUGUAUUAUUUCUAUGCUGAAAAACAACAGCAGAAGUAGCAGGAUAACCACCUGGUAUUUCAACUGGAAGAGAUGUUGGCUGCAUUUUUUUGCUGUCAAUACUGUUUUAUUUUUUGCAUUAAAAAAGAGAAGCAAAAGUAGCAGAAAUGUUCGAUGCACUUACUAUACUUUUAUUGAAAAUUUAUGGAAUAAUUAAAUUGAGAACAGAAAAGUUUAAUCUCCUUUAAAUUCAACCUGGAGUGGAGGUUGCACUUUAUUCUAACAAAAUGUGAAUGCAUUUGCUAUUAAUUGUUGUUUACUUCUUUGUUUAUAACCAUAAUUAAUUUAUACCUGAUUCCCUCACAAGGAACAACAGGAAUCUAGGAAAUUUCACAUGCACUGUCCAGUACCCAGGUAUUUAUUUCAUUGUCACACAGGUUGAAAUUUGGCUGAAUCAUUUCGGAUUGUGUUGUUCUCAAUGAACCAAUGUCGUCUUUGAAUCAAAUCGACAACCACAAAUCAUGAUACGAAUUGAAUCGUUGAUAAAAUAAAUUGUUAUACCCUAUUGCACAUGUGUCCUUUAGCCUUUCUGGAAGUUUGUGAAUUCCUAGAUCCUCUUUUCCAGUGUAACAUAGACAGCAUGCACCAUUAGUGUGAUGCUCCUCCUGCAGUCCUGAGAGUUGGUGGAGUGGGUACUCAGAGAGAAAGGCAGGAACAGAGACAGCAGGCUGGUGCAGACGGAGGAUCUUACCUGCUGUGUCAGAGCCAAAUCAUAAAACUAAAUAUUGCCUUCUACUUUCUAGUUAAAAUAAAAUAUCUGGUUUCAGAUUCUUGCUGAAUAGAUGCAUCCAAUUUUUUUUAAUUCAUUUACUUCAGCGGGCUUGUCUCCUUUCUUUUCAAGUAUUUAUAUUAUUCCAAUCUGUUUCCUUCAUUUAUUUGAUUUUCUCUUUUUUUUCUUUAUUAUAAAAACAGUCAAAAAUGAGAGCAAUGUUGACAUCUUUGAAAAUGCCAAAAUGACAAGAGGAGUGAAGGCCAAUAACCAAAGUUCUGUUAAAAUGUCACACUCCAGUGGAAAUUCUUCUGAAGUCAAUUUAGUCUCACAGCACUGUGAAAAAUUGCUGUGACUGGAGUAGACAAAAAAAAAACACUGUUGAUAGCUCACUUCCCUGCACAAUGUUAUUUAUUUAUUUUUUCUCGACCAGAAUAUGAUAAUUAAUAGCUUAAAAUAAUUUAGUGUUCAUUUUCAGGGAAUUUCAAUUACGCUUCAACAUAAUGAACUUUGCCGCAGAGCAAACUAAUGUGGUUUUCUUGUUUUCUGAAAGACGUUAUGGAAGUUUUCUCUGCCCUCCAUCCUCCAGUUGAAGUCUUGAUCUGUUUUUAUUUCUUUAUUUUUCCACACUGUGUGCCUUCACUUUCUUUAAUGCCUCCGAAUGAGAUGAAAGCCCAGUGCAAUUAGGCUUCUUAUCGUUUUAAUUAAGAAAGCCAUUCGGCCAUAUCUGCCUCAGACGCCAUAACACAUAAUGGCAGAGUCUCUGAUGCCUGAAGUAGUGUUUGUGUGCCAAUGUGUGUGUAUGUAUGUGCUGCGUGUGUACAUACAGUAUGUAUUUGUAUGUGUAUGUGUACAAGCUUGUGGGUGUGUGUCCUAGUAACACAGUUCCUUUCAAUCUCCCUUCCGCCCUUCUUUCCUCUUUUUAUCAGUCUGUGCUCUCCAAUCGCUAUUCCCUCUUGUGCCUCUCUCCAAACAUGCUGUUCUAUCCUUCGUUAUUUCCUUCUCCUCAAAGAGACAAGGUCAAAGAGUCUUGUACUACUUCUAACUCACUCCAAGUAUGUUGUCUCAGUGUUUCUUUUCAGUCCCCUCUGUCACAUUAAUGAUUCCUCUUUGCUCUUAAAAAUCUUCGCUCAAAUUGACGUAUUUUACGGUGUAUUUAUGUCUGUUUUGGCUCACACUAGCAGCUUAUUGUGUACAAUAACCUGCUCUUAGCCCCAUCUCUAUAUGCUUGUUUGCAACACAGCUGUGACCAAAUUGUUUUUAUUCUCACUUUUUUUUUCUUGACCCCCUCGUUCAAAAAAAAAGGAGGGAAUAGGAGAAUCUGUAACUACCCUGUUAACACCCAACUCGGCUCCUCUCCUCUCCUCUCCUCCCUCCUCCUUUCCCUCCAUCCUUCCUCUCCCUCUCCCCUCUCACCCUGGCCUAUCAGUGCGGAGCAGUGGUCUGUGAAGAAAUUCCCAAUAUCUAAAUUUACACACUGUAUCAAUCUUGUUUAAUAGACUGGAAAGCUUAUAGCCGCCGUGGCAAGACGGCAGAGAGGGCAGCGGUGAUAAAUUGUCGGUGUGCAGGCGACAGCCGCCCGUGAUGUAUAAUGAAAUAUUUAUGAUUUAUCCCAGCUAAUAAACUGAAAUGAAGUGCGUGAUGUAUGGGAACAGAUGGGCCCUCCAUUGAUGCUGAAGCGGAGAGGCAAGAGGGGGAUGAAGAAAACGGGAAGAUAGGCGGAGAGACGGGAACGGGAGAAAACAUAGUGUUGUGUGUUUGGCUGACACUGGAGCAGAGGGAUCUGAAAAAGUGGGAACAAAAUGUAAGAUGGAUUGGGGGAUACAAGGUUAGAGUGGAGAACAAAUGAGAUUAAAUGAUGAAGUGGAGAGCAGAUGGAGGAUGGCAGUGACACCAGAAAAUAAAAAUCUUCUCCUGGAAUGUAGAUUCAGGAUAAGACACAAACAACUCUUGACUAUUUUGGUUUCAGAUUUGUUGUGUAAACCUUUACUUCUGGUGAUGUCUGGAAAAAUGUGCAUCGGUAUUAAUGUUUUCAUCUACAUCUAAGCAAGAAUAAAAACAAGCCUUAAACAUCAAAAUACUGCCGUCUUACAUGAAGAGGGUCUGUGUCUCAUUUUUGGUUUUACUGCAGUAAAAGUGAUCAGAUCAGAGGACACCGCCCAUAAAAGCUCAAACUCCCGUUAUUAUUCUUGUAGUUAUGAAGUAAAAAUUCCCCUCCAAAUAAAAACACCUUCAAAUUUGAGACCUGACUAUCCUUUUUGUCCUCACUGUGCUACUGUAGCUACAGCUGCAGCCCCUAACCCUGACCUCUGCUGACCUCUCAGUCCACCUUUAACUACAGCACCUGCUUAACCUCAUCACAAGGUCACACACACACACACACACACACAGAUACACAUCCAUCUCAGCCCCAGCUGCAGACGCGCCACCUGUAAUAAUCCAAAAGGACACCGUCCUGUUCCGUUUUUUCUCCUCUACGCUCCUUCCCUCCUCUGUCCAUUUUUCUCCCCCUCUGUCUCUCUCCACUCAUCCAUACUGACCCAUUUCCUCUGCUUGUCAUCCCCCCGGCCCAGCUGAGCCCCUCGUCCCACAUACUGUACUCCUCCUCCCCCACACCUGUCCUCCAGACACCUAUGUGUGUGUGUGUGUGUGUGCGUGUGUGUGUGUCUGGGGAAUGAUUGGAGGAGAUCUUUAACGGUCAUCCAUCCACUGAACUAUGCUACACACACACACACACACACACACAGUAAACCACUUUGUUGUCUACUAAGCUUACAAGCCCUUAAUUAUUGCAAGAUUCACAAAUAAAACUACAAUUUUAAAUAUAAUUUACCUCCAGUUUCAUAGAAAUCUGAGCAAAUUUUACUGCAUUUUGGCAAAUAAAAUAAUGAGGGAGAUUCUGCAUAAGAAUUGUCUAAAGUCUGCUCAUAAAUACAGAAUAACUGCCCAGAGAUUAUCAGAAAACAUUUUUUCUCAUUAGUUUUUUAAUAAAACUCCCUCUCUCCCUUUUUACGUCUUUUCAGGAGACACGGCGGUCUACAAAGACGGCGUGUAUUGGAUCAUGGGACGCACCAGUGUUGACAUCAUCAAGAGCGGCGGCUACAAGAUCAGUGCCCUCGAAGUGGAGCGUCACCUGCUGGCUCAUCCAGACGUCAUAGGUGAGAGGAGUGCGAGUUCAGAUGACUACAGUUUAGGAUGAUGCGGUUAAACUAAUCUUUGAAUGACUUUGAAUGACUUUGACCAAAGAGAAAUGUUCAUGAUUGUUCCCAGGUGUAAAAUUCCAAUACUGGUCAUAUUAUUACAGACAAUCGCACACAUGUACUCAUACAUGUCUUCUUGCAGAUGUGGCUGUGAUCGGGGCCCCAGAUUCCAUUUGGGGUCAGAAAGUCACUGCAGUAGUGCAGCUGAAGAAGGGGAAGAGCAUGACUCUACCAGAGCUGAAGAUCUGGGCAAGGUGCUGAAAUUUUGUUUUUCUUUUCAAAUGAUUUCGAGGAGUCUUUUUGGACUCUUUGUUAGAUCGGGCGACCAAAGAGACAGAAAAUCUGAGUAUGAAGACAUGCAGCCAAGCGUUGAGUCAAACCUGAGACUGCUGUGAUGAGGACUACAGCCUUUGUACGAGUUUUUGCACUUUGGCAAUCAAGCCAAAUUUUUAUCCAGGGAGGAUUUUCCUGUUUGUAGAAAGGAAUUGCCCUGGAUAGAUGCUAAAUUAACCCCAACAUUUGAUUGUCAAGUACUAAUUGGUCUUUAUAAACAUGGAGUCUUUCCUUCGCUUGAAUGGUUGGCUUUAGAGUUAUCUCUUCUUUUUGAGAAUGAAGGACAACAUGAUUUUUAUAGUGACAUGUUUUCAGGCUGUUAAGACUCCUCCUCUGGUUUUACAUACUUUGAUGUAGCAGCAGGCGGCGACCUUGAGUCUUGAGAAAUGAAGCCGAUACAGAAUUGCUAUAAACGGCAAUUCCCUGUGUGUCUGCUUGAAGCUAGCUGCUGAAGCACCAUAAACCGUGUACGCACUAAUUCAAAAUAACAAACCUGUUUAAAAGAUGGUUUGAAAAGUGGUUUUGGUCUGAAUAGCUCAGGACUUUCAUGACAACCACUGUACCAAGAACACUUUGAAGGCACAUGUAGUGUUUUGCAAGGAGGCUGAAGACUUGCCUCUGGUAGAUCGAUUGAGCGUUUCGAAUAUGGCAACCACCAUAAAUUCUGAUGUUACUGACACUACAGCCAUAUAUUGUACAGUCUUUGUGUGGUAAAUGAUCAUCAGCAGGGACUUUUGAGUGACUUCACCAAUCUCAGUUUAAAAAAAAAAUCAAAACAGGAAUCACAUCCUAAUUUUGCAAAGUAGCGCCGCUGAUCCCGUCUUUGUGAAAGUUUCUACGUCCUUUUGUCAGACCUGGUAAACAAAAAAAGGUCCUCCUAAAGUCUCUUAAUGCAAACUCUGCAACUUCUUGAAGCAGGUCAGCUCACAUUUCCUCAGAGACCAGACCUCAGGUCCUCAGAUCAAUGGAAAAGGAUGCUAGAAAAGAGAGGCUAGAGAUAGACUAAUAAGGGAAACUGAAUGAAGGACGAGAGAGGAUCUGAGAGGAAUAUGAGAAGGAAACAGACGAGUUAUUGUUUCAAUACCAUAAGUUUUUCCCUUUUCAAAACAUCAGAAGUGUCCGUUCAUACAGAUGUUUGUGACAUACAUCCUUUUGUUUUAGAUCAACAAAAAAGCACAAACACCCCACGCCUGUUUCUCUUUUCUUCAUCUUCUGCUCACCUUCAAAACUGAUAUUUAACACGUCUACUUUUCCUACCAUCUAAAUUCAUCUCUCACACUAUUUCUCCACCCACCACCAUUUAUUCACAUCCCUCACUCCUGUGAGUGCAUGUGUGUAUGCAUUUUUAUGUGUGUGUGUGUGUGGGUCAGGGCUGUGGGCUCCAUAUGGUGUGGGGGCGUUAGAUCCGACUGCUGUGGCCUGCUGGUCCAACAUGGUGGAUUACUACUGCUGCCCGUGACCUGGGUUAACACACACUUGCACACACACACACACACACACACACUCACACACAGUGUUUUGUGCCAGGGGUGCUGCCAGCAGACAGGCAGUGCCAGCACACAGCCCACUGCUGAGGCUGGGUUGCAGGCGGAGAGAGAGAGAGAUAAAAUGAGACAUAAACAAGUAGAUGGAUGCUCACUCUUCAGUGCCCUGGCUUCAGCUGUCAGUCUGAAUCUCUAUCACACCCUCUGCACCCCGCACUGCCUUCAACACACACGCUCACGCACACACAAACACACACUCGCAUACACUGCCCCAGAGAAAUUGGUGACACGAGCAAAUCCCCAUUACAGAGACGUGUAUGUACGCACAUAUACUCACUCACACUUUACUCAGUGACUCAGAGAGACGGAGAGACGGAGACAUCUGCUGAAAGGAGAGUUUGAUGGCAGCAGUAUGAGUCAUUAUGCUCACUCGCAACCACACUGGGACACACACACUGGGACACACACACACAUUCAGUCAGACACAAACAAACAAACUAGGUUAGAAGAUAAUAGAAAAGCUUCAGGCUUCAAGACUUGACGUAACAACCAUGCAUUCAAAACAGAAAAAAUAAAACACUUUUAAUUAUCGCAGCCUUCUGUUUUUCUCUUUUAUUAUUUGUUUUUUUUAUUUCAUCUCACAGUGAUUAUAUUGUUUUGUACGGGGGGAAUUGUCUGUGUCUGGAAGGCGAAUUGUGGGUAUUAGAGAGAGGAGCUGCAGUGUGCAUGAAGGACGUUUCUUUCCUUAUCUCCACCACUCUGCCACAGGGCUAGCCUUUGUUUAGCAAUUGUUUUCCCUUUUUGUUUACCCGUUUUGUGUCUGCGCAUAUGUGUGCGUAUUCCCAUCCAUGUGUGCACAUAGAUCAGUCUUGUGUGUGUCCUUGUGCAUGCCUGUGUUUAUCUUCCACUCUGCAGUAAACAGUCUUUAGUGUAUUAACAUCAGUGUUUAUUGCAGGGAGCACAUGGCGCCCUACACCAUCCCCACAGGCCUGCUUCUGGUGGAGGAGAUGCCGAGGAACCAGAUGGGCAAGGUCAACAAGAAGGACCUCCUGCGACACUUCUUUCCAUGACUGGAUGAACUUAGAUACCCACAGAAAAGUCCCGGUUCCUGGUAAGAGGGCUGGAGUUGUGUGGUCACUUCUUCACUUCUUGGCUGGCCAAACUUGGUCCUUGAUUUCAGGAGGAAAUUGGUCAAGAUUUCAGAGGAAAUUUGAGGCUACGGGUGGGAAUCUAGAGGAAAAUAAUGAGGGGAAGUUGAUCAGACACUGCUGCAAGGCCAGCUCUGACAACACGGGUUCAAGCAUUGAUUACUAGUCAUUGGGGAAGUUUGCAACUGAAUCUAAGAGGUGUCAAAUUUUUAUUUUUUUCAACACUCUAAAUUUAAACUACACUACGUGGAUUUGACAAAUUCAAGGAUAUAAUUUUCUAUGUAGAAACAUAUUUGUCUAAUUUCUAAUAAGUAUGCAACUUAAUUUGACACAUUUUUGUGGAUUUGCAGUUUUAACAGUUUCCAAUUUGCCAACUUUUUGAACUCCAAACAGGCUGACAGUUGAUAGUAUUUUCACAUUGUAAACAUGACUGAAGCAAAUAGACAAAAAAUUCAAAAAAAUUCAGGCAAACCCAGAAAAUGGAGGUACUUUCCUGAUGAUUACACCCCGCCAGGUUGAACUUUAAAAUGUGAUCAAUGUGUGAGCGCUGUUUACACCAGUAUUUCUGUCAUUUCAGACUGAUACACUUGAAAUAACAGAUAAUAUUUAUCUGAAUAUUAAAAAGUUUUAUUGAAUAUAAAUGAAAAA